CCCUUUUUCCGCGUGUGGCGGCUUUUACAUGGCUUCACGUAAAGAGUCCGGCUCAGGUCCUACUACUGUGAUGGCUUCUACAGGCGGUACAUUGGACUCUCCUGUCAAACAGAUCCAGAUUGAGGGCCUGGUAAGUGUUUCUUGCCUGACUUUGAGCUCUUUGUCGGAUUCUGCCGAUGAACAAAAGAGAAACAAGAAAGGGGCAGAUGCUAACUGUUAGCUGAUGUGUUAGCGCCAUCACGGUGGACAAAUAAAACAGUGCUCCUUUGACUGAACAGUUACAGUUAAACCGUUUUCACUGAAUUUUCCUAAUAGUCCUCCUUUAGACCACAAACCUCCUUAAAUAUAAGGUUGACUUCUUGGGUAUCCUUUUAAACAGGGUUCAGUUAAAGUUACAGGAGCGCUUCAUUUCAAGACCCAGACCUCCCGAGUUCUCUUAUCAAGAAGCACAAUGGCAUAAUAAGGCAGAUGCUUUUGCUCUUGCGCUCAUCGACUGUUUUAAUUGACUAAAAAAUAGAAAAGUCUUUUCUUUGUUUUUCAUUCUGACUGUCAGCUGCACUGAGUUGCUCCUGUCUGUGUUGUAACGACUUCACAGAUGGUGAUUAUUACCAAACGAUCCAGAGCCAGUAUUACUGAUGUCUGCAGAGGAAGGGUACUGUUUAGUAUGCCUGUUGUUUUUAAUAAAUGUUUCCAGCCAGUACUGGUUCUUAGAACUAAAAACUUUUAUCCACAUUUUGCCAUAGCUGAAAACACACUCCAUGUGGUUUGACCAACCAACAAGAUGGUCUGUGCGUGUACAACCCAACUGUAGUUUUCUGAUAUUGUUUAUUGCUUUUACUACACAUUGGCUGGAAUGUUGUGGAAUUAAGACAAGACAGAGUGAAGGAUCAGAGGCCUGGAUACUAUUCCGAGCAUGUGAACAGGGCAGAAAAACAGAAAAGGGCCCUGAACUAGAAUAUGGACGAUGCUGAUGACACACUGAGGCCCAAUCCCAAACCGACCCCUACACACUCGGCCCUCACUACCGAGUGUCACUCGUAAUGAAGUUACACUUGCAGCUGUGGAGUGCGCCUCCAUUGAAAUGGGAGGGUAUAAACAAGACGGGCGGGUAUGGGACACCCUCCUUACUCCACCGGAAAACAGAAAAAUUAAUCGCCAUAGCAACAGAAAGAUGCGUCCUGUGCAAGGCAGGGUUUAUUUUCUUGGUAAGCGGACAUCAUGUUCAGUUCUGGGCUGCUCCGGCUGCCUUGUUUCUUCAUCCUCCCAGUAAAAUCAUAAAUCCAGUAACUAUUACAGUGACAGGAGCUAAAUUAUACUUCUGAUUGUUAGUGAUUGCACACAUAUUUGAACCCCUUCAACAUUUGACAUCUGCCUGCACAAUCAAAAAAAAACAAAUGUCAGCACAGAGGAAGAUUUCGGAGUUUCGUUUGAUCUUUCCAAACCACGUCUUUCAUGAUUUUUUUUUUGUCAGUAAGACUAAGGUGGACACAUACGGAACUUAUAUUUGUAUUUUAUUUCCUUUUCCUCCAUUUUUGCCGGUGCACUAUCUGCAAAUCCUGCCGUGAGUGAGCAUUGGUGCAGACUCACUAUUUGAGAGCUGAACAGUCCACUUGCCCUCCUCACUCUGUGGUUUUGGGACGGCCUUCAGUAUGGCGGAAACUGAGGGACAGUGUGUAGGGCGAGUGUUUAGGAGGCGGUUUGGGAUUGGGCCUAUCUCUCUCUCAUCAGCAAUAUCAUGGUGCUGAUGUUCUCCGCCCCUUUCUUUUCUUACAGCUUUGAAGGCUUGUUCUUGAUCGCUUUCAUGCUGCUUUUAGAGGAGAGUCAGUUGAGUGCUCUAAAAGAUGCCUUCCACGGUCUCACUGAUUUUUAUUUCAAGAAAGAAAUCAGAAGAUAGUUUUCACCCUUUGUACUGUGUUUAAUACACCAAGCUUGAACCCCUCCAGCUCACAAACACAAGUGAACAAUUUUGGGUAUAUUAACACUCAUAGUGAUGCUUUUCCUUGUUAUAGAAACCUAUACGUUUUAGUGUUUUCUUAUCCUGUAGUACCUCAGUCUAAACAGCAGAGGACAAACUUGCUUCACUGUCAUGCACUGCUUUCCUUCUUACUACUGGCCAAAACUGUGCUGCACACAAAGCAGAGCUCAUUUGUGUGGCGCGCCUGAAUGCUGUAGCAGGACUUAAACCCACCAGCUGCUGCCUUCCUUUUAUCUCGCUCAUUAAAGCUGCCCUGGAGUCUCUGGCCUUAAUUUCAGAUCUGAAUAUUUCACCUUCACUUGUAUUAUUUAGACCUCUUAUAAGAUUUUCUUCGCUCAUUUUUCAGCCUUAUCAAGCAAACAUUUUAAUCGCAGCAAAUGAAUUUAAGGCAGUGGAGAGCUCUUCAGUUUAUAACCUCUUUAGGAUUCAGACUAAAAGGGUGAGAGGUGUCUAUUUCAGGUAGAGCUGUGCCAUGCGUUCCACCUGAAUACAUUGAUAUGCCGCGGUUGCUGCUGCGUUGCGUCAUGACCCGUCAGUCAGAGGUUUAGCUGGAGGGUUGCCCACAGACAGCAUCACCGUUGCUGUGUAAUAGAAUUGGGUUGUUUCCUUGCUUUUGAAGAGGUUUCAAUGGUUGGCGUUGCCACAGGAGUGGAGUGCUGCACAGCGACGUGUUCCAUUAAACACCUACAGAGAUCACACAAUUGCCUCAAUGUUUGAAAAAGACUUUAUUCAAUUAUUCGGACGUAUGAUACUCGUCAGACGGGACCUUUUUUCGUACACCACAAAUUAAAGAAGAGCCAAAGGGCUUUUCAAAGGAUAUGGCUUUUUGAUUUUAAAGCUCAAGGGGAUGUAAAAGGCAGGGCGAUUGUCUGAAUGAGUUUAAUUUGAACACUUGUGUUCACAGCAGCAGACCCUCUCUUUGUUUUUCUAAGUGAAUUUGUGAAAGAGUACAACACUGUGCUAGAACAGUCCCCUCUUUCCCCUGAGGCAUUUCCACUUGCCUCGGGUCUUUAAGCCUGGGUUCCUCAGGAAGUUGUUCACACCACAUAAUGUGACACAUAUCAGCUGUAACACAUCUGGACACAUGGAGGAGAUAACUUUCCGCCCAUUGUAGAGACAGCAUGUUCCCAUCAGCCCGCUGCUCUUACUAAGUAGUAACAACUAUUUCAGUGUAUUUUUUAAUAAUACAGAAUCUUCGUAACCCAAAAAUUGGUAAUCCUUCAUUUUACAGUCCCCUUCUAGUAAUAACAUGUAACCUUAAACACACUAUUGUGCAAGUACCUAUGUCAAUAAGAAGUAAUUAUAGAGAAACACUCGAAACACUCGAGAAACACUCGAAAGACUUGCUCAUUAUACAUUAUCAUGUAGUAACAAUGACAGGAAGGAAAUUAUCAGAAAAAGUACUAAGAAAAAUCCUCUUCUAUUAACACCUUCUUCUUUAAGGGCUCUAACUUCAUGAACCCAUUCCACACACAUUUAACAAUGCAUUAUCUGGGAAUAUAGUUGGCACCUUACAGUAAACGACUUGAUUUUAUCAGUUGUUUCAUUGCUCCUCUAAGCUCCAAUUUACCAGCUUAGAAACUAUGAAAACUUAGACAAGAACUUACCCUGUGUAAUCUUCAGAAAUUCGUACCUGACAAAUGACCAAGUAAAUACACGGUAGGGAAACUGAAACCGGACUGUCAAAGAAAGUCUUGGUUGAUUCUUGGGUAUUACCAGAAUGUUACAAGAUAAUUGGUUGGAGAUAACCCAUUUUUGGUGCAGUUCUCUCACAGUAUUGAAUAUGCCAUUUGUUCAAACUCAUUUUGUCCAACACCCAUUUAUACACACCUCUUUCUCCAAAGUAAAGGACACUUCAACCUCCUUCGUGCUAGAAUGUACCUUGUUACUUUUAUUGUAGCUCUAUUUUUGUUUUAUAAAUAGGCAUAAAAAAAGACAAAAAACCUCAGAUUAUUUCUACAGCGAAUAAUAAAUAUGUUCUUCUGGUCCUGUUCAGGAUGACAGUUUUAGAGAUACUCAGCUGAAAUAGUAGUUUAAAGGAGUGCUGUUUUCUUCUCCUCCCAUCACCUGUUCUUCACCAUCAUAAAUUACCAUUUUUCUGUCUGUUUCCAACACUUGAAAAUACUUCAAACAGCCGACUGACUUGUGAAGCUCGUUGUAAGCUGUUAUUGUCCACACAUCAUUAAUGCAUAACCAUACAUAUCGCCAAAAAUGUUCAUAUCUGCCUGAGGGAUAAUUAGCUUUUUCAGCUAUUAUCUGCUGCCAAUACUCGUAUUACGCUGAUGAUAUCGUGCACCUUAACAGAAGAGUCUCUCAGUAUUUGUUUUAAACAAACCUACGUGAAGUAAGAAGACCUCCAAAAGUCUCUCCAGCUGAAGUUUGAUCCCAUCUGACUGCUGCUUGCCUGCUCCAAGAUAAAACCACCCCUAUCUUUGCUUCCAAUUUGAAGCCGCUGUAGGAAACGCUGGAUUAGGAGCAACUUAAUUCUGCUUUGAUACUCCAUUCAGAGAGAGAAUAGUAAACAGUGAGGCCUCUAUCAAUAUGAUAGAAUAAAAAAAAAAAAACUGGAUUACAUGCUGCAUUGUUUCCUUCUAAUCCCCCCGAGCACUUGAAAGUAAUUUGAUUCCAGCCCGAGAGUCCGACACUAACAAUGAAAACUAAUGCAAGGAGAGCCAAUUACAUAAUGUAAAUACACCCUUUGCUUAUUGCCACUACAUUUGUAGUCCAUGAAAGCAUAGAAAGAGGUUUUCAAGCAAAUUGAAUUUUAAUGACAUCCUGACAAGAAUAACAGUUAAAGAAAAAUGUGUGUGAGAUUUGUUUCACUUAAUGUGUAAUUACAUUAUUAUGUAGACUGAACUGAUCCAAAUUGAGUUUCAUCUCAUGAUAUCUAAUGAGAAAAUUAUAGCCUUAUAUGAAAAUUGAGUAGAAUAUAAUGAAGACUAAAGCAAGCAUAGGUGCAAAAUAUCAUUUAUAUCAGCUGUAGCUCUUUGAACAGGUUUCACCAAAACUCACAGUUCUCUUUUUAGGUUUGUGUGUCUGGUUCCUCACUUGUACAUAUUCCUGAGUCCACAGAUCGAUGGAAAUUGUAUCAUCCCUUUGUCGAGUAAAUUUAAUGCCAAUAAACCCUCGUGCUAAGUCUCAGGGAAAAGAAAUCAGCACUUAAGUAGUGCGUGUUGGUGCUGCAGAGAUCCGCUGUACUGGUGUGAGGACAGUUCAGUCUUUUGCAUCAAAUGUCACACAGAUAAGGUAUGUUAAGUGUUAAUAUUUUAUUGUGUAUUGCUGUUUUAUAUCAAACUGUGCCUCUGCGUUGAUUUUUUCAAGUAUCAACUGGUGGUUAUGUGGAACAAGAGUCUGUAUUUGGUAGAAGAUGUCAUCCUAAGUGCAUGCUCCCAGUUUGUUGCUUCACAACAUGUGCCUCAGGAGCAGCCAGUGCAUCACAGGUCCACAAAAUGAGCAGUGUGCACAUGUGAAGUCUUGAACAUUUUCAAAGCUCAUUUGAGAAGAAUCCUUGAUUUUGUAGAUUACAGCAAGCCUGUUAUUCAUGGAGGGAGUUGAGCUUUUUGCUGGAUGUUGAUGUACUUUUUAAACAAAUACUCUUAUUUGAAAUGAUGAAGCCAUGAUGCCAACAUUUUACAAUUCGAGGAAAAGUUAAAGAGCAUUGAUGCUAUGGCAACAAAAUAUGUACACCUAAAACUGGCUCAUCUUGUUUUUGAUUUUAAAAGAAGGAAAAGUCACUAAACAGACUGACAUUUGACAUACUGUUCAUAAAAGUCUGAAAUGAAUUUCACUCUCCUCUGUGUACACCCAAAAUACAAGGUGACAUUGGUGACUGUGGUUUUUGCUUUCUGUCUGUCUGCAGAAGACUCUAAUAUAACUCCUGUAUCUUUAUAAAACCCCAAAAGGACCUGACAAAAUGUCAGCAUUUGCCUGUGAAAUUGAGACAGUGAGCCGUUUAGUGGCUGUGACAGAGGGCAGAGCAGAGGGACCACAGCAGGCAGUAGAGGUGCCACCUCAGCAGCAAACAAACAAAAUCUGGCUCCAUUUUGCACAUUUGUGCCGGGCUGUGGAAGUCUUUAUUAUCAGAGUGAAACCGCUGAGAAAUGUUCAGAAAAUAACAUCUCAGUUUCCCUGCUUUGUUUUUGUUAGAGGUGCCUUAUUCUCUGCUUCCUCCCUGUACAGCUGGACCACUGCUGCUGCUCUCUUUUACUCGUGGUAGUUUUUGUUUGGAAAAUAUGAGUUCAGAUCUGUUCAUUUUGUAUCCUUGGUACUUCUCAAUGCUAUUAAUGUAAAAACAAUGUAGACUGUAUUGUUGUCAGGGUGGCUAAAAUUUCAUGGCAGUGUCUGUAUCAAAAGCAUUUAAGGCUUUGACACUGCUGAAAUGCACUGUUACAAUCAAGGCGAAGUUAGAGUGAAGAUUUGAAGAAUGAUCUGAUUAUGACACAAAUCCUCAAUGCAUUAGUAACCAUGGGACAUUUGCUCUGUUGAUGGCAUUUCUCUGAGAGUCUGUUACACCUCUCGACUGUGGGUGGCGAGCCAACAGCGCUCAGGUGUUUUGGUGUCUUGAUUGUCCACUCUGUGCAGCUUUGCUUGACCUCGUCCACUAUUUUUCUAGAGUAACAUUCCUGUAUCAGUUUACUGAGAUCAAGAAUGCAGGAAUUUGCCUGCUUUGGAUGAGAGCGCCUCCUGCUGGACUGUACAAUCGUGCAACAAAGUACAGCCUGAAGCGCUGGUAUCCUGAAUAACUAGGUGUUUCAACCAUAGACUGUAUGUAAAAUGGACGCCAUCUGCCUCCUUGCUGGGUGAAGCCACCGCUAGAGCAGCACCCCCUGGUGACAGGCUGCAGUAUAGGUCAUAAAUCCCGUCUCCUCCUGCAAUCAUUAAGGAGCUGUGGACAAACUUUAGAAAUUAAUUACACAGAAUAUAAAUUUUUCUCCCCCCUGGUUGCAGUGUUGACAUGUAGUUAUUGUAAGACUGGUUGUUGCUCAAGUCCAAGCUGUCUGAGCCGAGCGUCAACACUGACUCUCCAGCCGAAUGUGUACAAUGCUCCUGCGCAAGUGGUGGUUCCAGAAAGUAGAGACAAUCCUGGAAAUACAGAGAACAAUUCAGCUUCAACUUCAUAUAAUGAGGGCAGGCGGAGCCAAGUAGUCCAUAGUUUAUACAGUCUAUGGUUUGAACAGCUCAUUACAUAUUGAGCCUGAACUGUAAUCCUUGAGUUGUAGUAGUAGUUUGAUUAACAUAGUUAUUUAAUUUUGGUUUACCAAGCUUAACCUUGAAUUGAAGAAUAGAGGUGAUCUGAUUGUUAUCAUAAUCAGCCAAUGAAAAAAAAGAUAAUAUUGAAAUUGAUGUUGCUGUCAUUCUAGUUUUUUUCAAACAACUUCAACUAAGAGUCCAAACCCUCUUGUUGAGUGUGUCACCGUUGUGCCUACUCCUCCACUAAAGCGAACUGCCUAAGCAUAAGCUCACCAGCGUAACAGCUCUGAGUCACGACCAUUAAGAAGUGGAGAAAGUAACUUGAAAAAUUAGGCAUGCCAAGCCCCAUCAACAUCCUCUUAUAUUUCACCAGCGUCUCAUUUCCUCUGCUACUGUGGUUUUUCAUAAAAUGAUCUAUAUUGCCAACUGAGCAUCUUUGGCACAUGGCACUGAAGUCUCUUGAUGAAUCUUUCUUCUCUCCGUCUCGUCGCCAGAGGUUGUGAACAUUUGUUUGGCUGACACCCAAAAACAGUUUCAGUUAUCUGAUUUUGCUGGAUCAUUGGAGUAAAAGUUAACUUAAAACUUUGGCUUCCCAUGUAGGACUUUGUGCAAACUGAUUCAGCCAACAUGCACUGCUCUUAAUACCUCAGCUUUAUUCUAACUGUGGGGUAAAAACUAAAAUGUAUUUUUUUAGGGACUUGUUCUAGAAAAAUCUGACAAGACCAACAAGUAGAAGUUUGCAGAUGUAGACUUCCUCACCCAUAGCUUAACCCAAAAGCGUUCUCGCCGUUGAGCCUGUUACAGUCAACGUUGAUUUUUGAGUUCGUCUCCACAUCAGCGGCGCAAAAAGAAAAACUCAUUAAGGGAUCGUCUCUCUUGCUGUACUUUCUCAUAACUUGAGCUCCGUCGCGGCGGGAAUACGGGCCUUUUUGUGUGAGCGGGAGAGAAGAUUUAUGAUGAGAAUUAAAGGCAGCCAACAGGGGAUUUGGACCGCAAUUGAUUUUGCACAAUUCAAUUUUAAGCUUGUUGAUUUAUAAUACGCUGUCCACAUAUCAAUCUUGGGCCUCUCCACAUGAGGUGAGCUCACUGGGCUAGCUGCUGGUGAGCUAGAUCAAUAAAACACCAUAUGAGUGUGUAUAAGAGAAGGUAGCAGGAAGAGACAGCACUGGAGAGAGAAACCUUGGCUACGUUUGGUGUGUGUAUGUAUGUGUGUUUGUGUGUGUGUACGUGCACACGCAGGUUUGCACAAACCGAGGACUUUCAAGGCUUUGCUUACAAUACCUGAUGGCAUUUACUCAGCAUCAGGAAGCCUGCAGAACAAAUCCACUGAAACCUCUUUCCUUCCUUCCAUCCCUCUCUCUCUCUUUUUUUUUUUAUACAGACGCUGCUUCACAUCCCGUCUUUCAAGCUUUUCUGUAGAUUCAGGAGUUUUUCUCUAAGCCCUGCACCAAUUUAGCUUUAUUUAUUUGACCUCUCUGGUGUUGUUUUUGGCCAAUAGUCCAUCUCCCACCUCCUCCUUUCCCAGACGGAUGCUAUUUAAGUGUGUGAUGAACAGAUUGCCAAGAGUUAGAUAGCUGAAAGCAUUGUGUAUCUGUGCUAUCUGCUCUCACUGAUGGAGGGAGAGUCGAAAAGCUAUUUGCCGGCAGAAAAAAAGGAGCUCGGGCUCAAAGGGGAAGGGUGGGGGGUUAAGGUGCUUUGUAAAGCACCCAGGACUGCUGAUUUUGAGGGCUUUCACUGUAGCCCCCAUCAGCGCCCCGCCCUCUCGCUGCCUCACUGUCAUUGCUUCACCUGUCUGCUCUCCUUGUGCUCCCCUCGCCCGCCAGUUUUUUCUCAUCUAAUUCCCCAAGGCUUCAGAUUUCGCUCUCUCACAUAUUCAUAGUUGCACUUCCUGUCUCUUCCCUCCCUCCCCCUGCUCCACCACUUUCCCCAUCAAAUUCUCACUCUCACUUUUCUCUCCCUCUCCAUCAAUUUCUCUCCCCCCUUCUGACCUAUUCCUCAGACCUUCCUCCCCCCUCAGUCAGACAAGCCGAGGCAGGCAGGCAGGCAGGGAAUGAGAUUUGUUUUCCCCCCCCGCACUCCCUCCACCCCUCCCCCUUAUCAUCUCUCUGCUCCUCUCCCGCCCCUGGCCCUUUUACUUGUUGCAUGACAGGUCCGCCACUCCACUGAAAUAAAUCAUCUUCCGGGACAGAUGCAUGUGUGUGUGUGUAUGCACGUGUGUGUGGGAACUCAUGAGACAAGUAAGAGCUUCCUCUUGGUGAUGAUGGCUGUUUUGUUUUGAGCAUGGCCCCAGGACUACCACCCUGUUCUUUUUGUCCAUGUGUGUGUAUGUGUGUAUUAUUAAUGCCUCUGGCUGUGACCUGCCCACAUGGUUAUCAGCAUGAUUUAUACUCUCCCCAUACACACUGCUGUGCUUCCAGCCUCACAUCCUCUUCCCGCUCAUUCAGACACUCUCCGCCUCACUCUGUACUCUAUGCCUUGACUGCUUUCUGUAUUUCGCUGGUCGGGGUGUCUCAUAUUGAGUAGGUAGGUGUGUGUUUUGUAAGCGUGCGUUUGAGCUCGGUGUCCUUGGUGCCGGUGAAGCAGACCUUAAACCAGCUCCUCAAUCAUGUGGAGGCUUGUCCUAUUGGCCCAUUUUUAUCUGGCAUUAAAAAUUAAACACACACGAUGAUGCAUGGACACCCUGCUCCGAUGAGGCACGGCCCCAGUGGGACUUCAGACUACAAGUCCAAAUAUACCCUCCCACAGUACGAGGAGAGCAUUUUUCUUGAAAUUUCACUGGAUUCAGGUUUUAUUCUUGAUGUGAGCCGCCUCCUCUCCCUCUCCGGUGUAAAUUGCUAAGCCGUGCUGAAUACUAACUACCCUUUUGUAUGCACCAAAGAUCAGCGAUGCACCAGCAUAGAAGCCUGCAGGUGAUGCUUACCACUUAACACUCCACCUCGCUGCUGAUUGUCUGAGAUUUGCCCCAGACUUCCUUUGUAACAAGUUUUUGGCAGUGUUUUAUAUGAGAGCCUCCAGAAGGAGAGGCGUGCAGAACGGUGCCUGAGGAUUUAUUAAGCAAUCUAGUAUCAGUCCCGCAGGUGUUUCAGUGAUGAGGAAGAUUUUCUGGACAUUUCACAUGCCUGAUAUAAGCCAUACUUGGCCCCUCCUCACUCACAGGGGAGUGGAAGAACAUAUGAAUUAUAUUAAUGCAGCAACAAGUCAUUUUAGUUAUUGGACAGAUAUCUUAAGGCAAUGUUUCUCAAGUCCUGUCCUCGAGGUCCACUGUCCUGCAUGUUUUGGAUGUUUCCCUGCUCCAACACACCUGAUUCAAAUGAUCAGCUCGUUAUCAAGCUCUGUAAUAGCUUAAUAACGAGCUAAUCAUUUGAAUCAGGUGUUUUGGAGCAGGGAAACAUCCAAAACAUGCAGGACAGUGGACCUCGAGGACUGGACUUGAGAACCACUGUCUUAAGGUUGAGUAGAGGAAGUGUUGUUGCCCUUAUGUGGCUCCUGACUGGAGCAUGUAAUGGCCCAUGGCUUUGCUGGUUGAUACAGAAUAGGUUAGGUAAUGUACUGUGAGUUAUGCAACCUGUUUCUCCCUCGCAGUAUCGCAUUUACCUGUUGAACUGUUCCCUUUUUGCCUGACUCAGAAAUCUGAAUGGAGCAAGCUAUGCCAAGAAGUUUUUGACACCAGGCUGAUGAAUUUAAAGAUUUUUCAAAACUCCAAAUUUGCAUUUUUUUUUCUAUCAGUAAUUGAUGAGCUCUUACAGCUUUUCAUCUGAAUGUUGAUGUUCGGACUGGUUUCAAGUAGAUGUUUAAGCUUUCAUGGUGAACUUUUUACCUGGUUAUGAAGCAGACAGAAGUACGAAUGAUUCCUCUUUGCAACCAACUACAGAAAACAAGAUCACAAGCAAAAUUUGGAUAAUGUCUUUUUUGUCAGUGUAGCAACUCAUAACCUAAUAAUUGACUCAUAAGGUCAUAAAUUGUUACAUUAUGCCCAAACAUGUUAUUAUAGGGCUGGGUGAUAAACCAAUAAUUUACCGAUACUGAAAUUUAUGACACUAACCAACAUCAUUUUGCCCAUGUCAAUAUAUUUGGUGUCAAAAAAAUAAAUAAAUAAAAGUUGGUUUUGGAUGUGUGUAGGUAGGCUAUGGUCUCAUGUUCCUUGAAGACGUUGUCCUACGUCGGGGACGUGACUCCACCCCAUCCAGUCUGUAACAAAGAGGGAAAGACAGGUGAGGAGAUGGAAGACGGUUAAUGUGGGAGGGGUGAGCAGCUUGUGGAGUAGUUAUCAUCUGUUUAUCGUUAUUGAGGUGAACUACUCAAUAUAUCGAGAUGUUGAUGUGGGGCCAUAUCGCCCAGCCCUAUGUCAUUACUUUAUGCACCGAUGAUUUUUUAAACUAUGAGUGCCUACAGUGUGUAACAGAAUCACAGUAUCGCACUUGCAUCUUAACAAUGCAGUGGACGGAUUUGAUGCAGAUUAGGGAUAAGCAGCAACACUGAAGCGUGUUGCAUGAUUUACAUCAUUCCUGAUUAAUUGGUCGUCACGUGGCUGUGCAGGUAUCAGGAAGAGAAAGAUGGAGUAAACAAAUGCUGUUAGAACUUUUGCAAGAGCUCAUGCCAGAGGCUACUACAUUGAACAUUUUUAAAAGUUGUUUUUCUCAGGCACUUUUGUCUUUAUUUGAUCAGACAGCCAAAGAGAGACAGGAAAUGUUGGGGGGUUGUGGUUGGGUGACAUGCAACAAAGAGUCAUGGCCUGGAGUGGAACUAGUGUGCACCAUGACAAGGACUAUAGCCUCAGGAUAUGGGGUGCGUGCUCAAACCGCAAGGCAAAGGGGCAUUUCAACAUUGAACAUUUUUUAGCCAAUACCACUUAUACUCAAACUUUACUGUCCAGUAGAAGUGCCUCUUUUGUCCUUUCAAAGUAAAGUCAUGUAUGUCAUCAUAACAGGAAUAAAGUCACUCAGGCCUAAUGUAGUGGAGAGGCAAAGUCAAGGCGUCACAAAUACGUUUAAAACGUCUCUAUUUAUCUUACAUAGUAAAGAUGUGUAUUCAGAGGUGGGCUCUGUCGUAAUAUAAUGACAUUUUUUUAAAAAGUUUUGCUUAAACCUAAAAGAUGUGGAGUAAGAGUUAGUUUUCAGGUUUCCAGAGAGGAGGCGGGCUGAACCACGUAAGCACUAGCACCUGUAAAUGCUGAUCACGGUCAAUAGACACGUGCUCACCUCUGAGAGAGAUUUAAUGAUUUGUUUCCAGUGUGGUGCUGCGUUUAUGUAACCCCAGCACAUCCAGUUUAUCCUUAGAUCCAUCACAUCAGAGCACAUUUACUACAUCAAUAUGAUUGUGUGAGCUGAAUGUGAGUGACCACAUGCUGAGAAUUGACUCUGCACUGUAUAUGUUUCAUUCUUUUUAUCCUCCAUGAUAUCUGGGUUACAUUUACGAUAGACUCGCUUUUAGUUUCCUUAAAAACCAUUUCUUAUUAAAUGCAGUCACAUUUCAAAGCUUAUUGAUUUUUUUAUUUAUUUUUGCUCAUGUUGGAAGUAACACUACAAAAUUAAAAUACUCUCCAGGACAUUAGAAUUCAGUUUUGAGACACACCGGAUGAAUUUACUUUAUUUCUGUUUACAUUUGUUUCCCAUUGGUAUUAAUUAAAUGGUGUUGCGCAUUUGUUCUUUGAUUCAGCGUCAUGUGCAAAAGAACUUAAGAGGAAAAUCUUAUGCGAGAAGCAUGAAAACCUAAGGGGUUUGUGAAAAAACAUAAAACAUCUCAAGUCAACUAACCCUAACACAAGCUAAUGAGUACAAAACUACAUGACGAGCAGAGAGAGAUGCAGUUGAAUUGAAUAACAUGAAUCAAGAGAGGGAAAAAUACAACAACAAGAAAAGCUGUUGCAGCUACAGAAUGAACAAACAAUUGGCACGAUAAAUAAAUUAGCCUUGGUUCAGGAAAUAAAAUCAUUUCCAGAAAGUGUUAUUGAAAGGAAGGUAAAGCCUCUUUUCCUCGCUCCCUAGCUCAAGUUUGUCGCAGCACUCCAGUGAAAAGAGUUCUCUCCUUUUUUUCACAGGUGGUGCUGAAGAUUAUCAAGCACUACCAGGAAGAAGGCCAGGGCAGCGAGGUGGUUCAGGGCGUCCUGCUGGGAUUGGUAGUCGACGACCGGCUGGAGAUUACCAACUGCUUCCCCUUUCCCCAGCACACAGAGGAUGAUGCAGACUUUGAUGAAGGUAACCGAGAGCAGUGCUCUCUCUCGCUCUGUUCAGCUCAUCUUUACAGUAUUUAAUGAUAAUGUGAAAACGUUGUUUGAAAUCAGAGGGAAAUAAUUGUCCAGUUCAAUGAAAAUGCAAGCUUUUGUCUGCAUAUUCUUAACUGGGAACCUUCAGUCGAGUUUGGGAAACAAAACAGACAUCCGUACUGAAGGCCAUGAAGAGUUGCAAAUUUGGAUGAAUACAUUUUUAAUUAGCACUUCGUACUUGCCUUCCAAAUCACACUGAAUUUACUAAGUGGUAACAUUUCCAUAAAAAUGGUGCAUUGUUUUGAUCUAACAAACUUUUUUGUGGUUGGCUGUGUAAUUGAAUUGGAUUGAGGCUUUGACGGUUGAGCUGAAAAGUGCCGAACAAUGCCUCAAAACAAGUUCAGAAACAAAGCAAUUAGGGUAUCAAUGAGAGUAACUGGUUCUUGGAGUAAAACAAAACAGUGUCUGGGAAGAAGAGAGGUUACUUUCAACCCCCUAAGAUUAAAGGUUUGACUGGGAUCAGUGUAACACUAACUUGUGUGUUGAUUAAUUGGGUGUGUUUUUGAGAUGCUGCGAGGUAACACCCCUCCUAGCCAAUUAAGUUCCCCAAAACAAGAGAGAGAAAAGACUAUCAAGGCUCAGAACCAGGAACCAGAGUACUAUCAUAUCAACAGCCUCUUGUGUGCGGAUUUGUGUUCUCUUGGAGGUUUGUGUACAUAAGACAUCCUCAAGUGCAGCUUUAAGGACAAUGCUGACUUUAAACUGAGCUAACUAGGUGCUCAGUGUCCUAUGUUGUCAGUGGCGGCGUUGAUGUGCGAGGGCAGCGCCGCAGUGAUGGAAUGGCUCCAGUGUUUGUGUUACAGGUGGGUGGUGGGAACGUGCGCAGGAUUUGAUCUAGUCAUUCUCAUCACACGCACGCUUCUCUUCAGUCCCCUCCCACGUUGCGUCAGCUUUCAUAACAAAGGGUGCCGCGUCCUCUGACCUCAGCCUGAGCUAUAUCAAGCCUUGUUGUUACCCGCUCCCUUGUUAGCGAAACAAAAUCUGCUGCAAGCCAGGUGAAGGGAUGGGAAGGUGAGCAGAUACGGGGAAACGGAGGAUAGUGAGAAAACCCGGCUCUAACAGGCCUCCUCUGCUAACAAGCAACUGUCAGAAAUUCUCCCAGACACACCAGCACCGACGGUGGCUAAAGGUCGUUAGUGUCAGCUCACUCUGCGCGCCUGUGCUGCUGGGUGUUGAAUUUUGUUGUGCUGUUGACUUUUGAUGCACAAAUUUCUCCGUCUGUCACUCCCUUUGAGUUAACAACGUCUUCAGUGAGAAGCGCUUUGCUGUGAAGUCUUUGAAAAUGUACAGUUCUUCAACAGGCCUUUGGAUACAACAGCAGAAUGCCAUAGACUCUGUCUAAUCUGUCACUGCAGAACCACAGUCAACAUGAUCAUUUGCUGGGAGUACGUCAUGUUGUUUAUGUUGCACAUCGUCAGAACGAUUUCAAACUGUGAGAAGUACAUGUCUUUAGGAUGAACCCGUCUCAGUUUUCAAAGUUGACAGAGAUGAUUGCAUCCCACACUUAGGAACUUAUAUUCCAGAUAAAAACACGGAGAACAAAAUGUUACUUGAAACAAAUGCAACACAAAAUUAUCACACUGCAACAUGCAAAAUGGAUUUUAUGUCUGUACAUUCAGUCAAUUUGUUCUCUCCUACUUCAGCCUGAAUUGUCUUCCCACGCACACAGCUGACCAGCCAGACCACCCUCACUCCCUCUCUCGCUCGCUUCCUCUUUCGCUCCUCUUUCUCGCUCUCUCCAUACCCUCAGCUCUCUUGUCAGGGUUUCAUCGGAGCUGAUGUUGGGCUGGAAGCCAGUACAACAGCCUCCGACUUAAAGUGUGAGUUGGACUUCAAAGUAGUCAUCUCUGUUGACAAUCUGGAGACUUUAUCUUUGAGCGUUUCGACUUUUGUAAAGAUGCAGGACUGUGCUUUGAGAACAAAGCCACGAAAGUGUGACCCAGCCCAUUUUUAGAUGGUGCGGUGCAUAUUGAGAAAAAAAAGGGUUGAUUAGGAAUGAGUUCUUCUUGAACAGCUUGCAGGGCUUAUUUAUUGUGCAUAUUUACUGUGCUCUAAAAACAGGUACUUGUCACAGAUGUUUAUUUGUAUUUGGAGAAGUCAGUGGCACUGAACCCAAGCUUCAUGAGCUUGAUUUGUUUGAAACACUUUUUUUAAUGUGAGAUUCCAAAACCGCUCCAUAAAUAAAGAUUUUUUUUUGUUUCCAUGAGAACAUUGAACUACACAGAGUUCAGUCUAUUACUGCCAGCCAGCUCACAUAAAAAUUCAAGAAGGCAUUCCAUUAAAUGAAAAAUCAGUAUACAUCCCCAGGUGCAGCAUGAGUCAUCAGCAUUUUUCCAGGAAAUGACACACUCCAAAAAAAAAAAAAAGAAAAGAAAAAAAACUGUCGAAAAAUAACUUUUCCUCCUUAUUUGGGCCAGACAUUGGUGUGUUGAUGAUGAGCAAUGCGAGACCUGUUUGAUACAAGAACCUGAAAACUUAUUGAAAUGUUAAACUUCUUCCUUUGAGCAGUUUAUAAACUUGGAAGAAUCAAUCGUAAAGCAGCCCUGACAAACAAAGUUCACAGACUGUCACAGUAAUGAUACCGACUCUCCCUGAAGAUGACUUACUUUGUGGGAAAAUACUUCAUGUUGGCCAGGGUCAGUGUCAUCUGCCUAAAUUCAGUGUUUACAAUAGUACUGGACAGAAUAAUGCUCAGGCCCAUAAUGGCCUUAAAACAGGAGGAGUAAGAGUAGGACCAGUGUACUGUGAAAAGGAGUAGCUCUUAUUUAACCAGUGCAGGAGUGCACAGCUGCUGGAAGUAAAUUUUUCAAUCAGCGUUUCAAUAUUUCGCACCGUGCUAUCUCUUUUUCUGUAAAUCAACAUCAUGAAAUAGGUGUAUGAUCUGGAGGGUUGGCAGGAGAGGGGGAGGGCCUUCAAAUACUCCACAAAAUUAAUUUUUCACUGUAUUUGGUUGAAUCCUGUUUUUCUAUCUAUGGAGCUCCGUCUCUGACUGCUGUAUUGACUUUCUGAUACGCAUCAGCUAACCGUUACAUCCCGAGAUAAAGCUCCCGAUUUAGGGUGAGAAAGACCCAGCAGAGCAGCACACACUCUUUUCAACCCCAGCCACACACACUCCAGACAGCUUUAACCACACCGCACAUGUGAUCUUUUCUUCCUGCUCUCUGUGUUUGUGUGUUUGCCUGAACCGAUGUUGUCUGUGUGUGUGUCGGUGUUUGUAUACCUGUAUCAUCUUACACUGACUCAUUCCCUGCUAGAGGCCUCUCACAGCAAAAUUACUCCUCUCCUUCAAUCUCUCUCCAAAGAAAGAUGGACAGGAUUGGUGGAUUCGUGACUGUGUCGGGUUUUUUUUUUCUUUUUUUGUUUGUGUGUGUGUGUGUGUGUUUCGGAGAAAGCGCUCCUGUGUGUCCGUGCUAUGCUGCUUUUUUAUCAACAGGUGCCACUGUGGAGCUGCACUUGCGAGACAGUUGAUGGCAGCAAGUGUGACCAAUAUGAGUGAGAAAAAGAUAUAGAAAGAGAGUAAUCGAGCGCGUGCAGUAGAGCCAGCCCCAGAUAAAACCUUGGCUGAACCCCAAUCCUCCUAUUUCCUACGUCCUUGCAUACUCUGUCCUUGUAUCAUUUUCAGAAUGUAUGGGGAGAGCAGUGGAGAAGUGCAGGCCCGCAUUCGUUCGGCUUCUGUGCAGCCGAGGAACACAAGAAGCAUGUUAAUAAUGUGCCCUUGGAUCUUCUGUUGUAAAGGCAGUGAUAAAACAGAAAGAGAGCAAUCCUGGCAGAGAAAUUGUUCACAGAGGCAUCAUACAGAAAAUUUACAUCAGACGUUGUGUUCUUGUAUUUUACCGUGACCCUUUAUAUCCCUUGAAAUGCUGGAAAACACAACCUCCUCUGGGACUGUGCUGGUUCAGAAGGGGUGUUGUGAUGUUUACUGAAGGGAAUAGUUUCUAAAGAAGAAAAUCACAGCAACAUAAAAUUGACAUCUUUUAUUACGAAGCCCUAAAGGCACAUUUUUAAUCUUUCAAUAUUAAGUUUAGAUCUUCAAAUAAGUGCGCCUCUGUUGGCAUUCGCACUGAGAAGCGACACCCACAUCUGCAGCUCGAGCUCAUUGUUUCAGCAUGUAGGUCCAUAUGGUUGACACCCGCUGGGUGUCCCCAACCUCUGCUCUCUGUCAACAUAAGGAGAACCUUUAUUAAAAAUGUCACUGACUGCACUCAAAUUUUGACAGCAUGUGGGUGUUCAUUUUUUCUGGUUUUAAACCCGGCUGUUCUGCUGUGUACAUGUCUAUCCUUAUCCAGGUUUACAGAGGUUUGUUCUCAAUCUUUUAUAUUCUAAAUCGCUGUGAUGAAAAACAAAACUCUGGACAGCUGCUCCCAUCUUGCAAUCUCAUGCAGACGAGGGCACACUGCAUCGAGUUCAUUGACUGGUUUCAGAUAGCCGGCUGGGAAGAAGAGCCAAACACUUCUAGACAAGGACAUCCAGACUUUUGCAAGAGGGGUUGACUGGGACCAAAACAACUUUGGGCAAGAAUAAAAAUGCUUGUCAAACAAUAACUUAUGACACCAGGAGUUCUCCCUUUUAAACUUUUUUUUGCCCAGUUCUAAUCAAAUUGAUGAAAUGUGAUUUUUAUUAGUCUGGUUCAGUGGUUAGAUCCGACAAAGACCGAGGCCGACACGGAAAGAACCCAGUAAAUUGUAAAUUCCACGUAGUUAAAUCACUGAUGGCGUGUAGCUCAGUGCAAUUCGCAGGCGUAUAAAGCAUGAUUGGGUUGCCUGUUUGACUCAUAAGGAGGGAUUACAUCAAACUAAGCGUCGCUCAGUACUACUUUUGGUAAGUGUGUUUGAUAUUCAACCCACGUCACUUGUGUCCAGCAGCAGCAAGGUAUCCUGAAGGUAGCACAAAAUUAGCCUGCUCUUUUUCUCCUUUUACCCUCCAGUACUUUCUUCCUCUCCCUCUUUUUCUUCAAGUCACUGCAGGUGAGGGGACUGUAUCCCACCCUGCUCUCCAGCCAUUUUCCUCUCUUUAUUUCUCUGCUUGCUUCCUUAAGUACUUUUCUUGGUUCUUCUGUCCUUCCUUUAUGCUGCACCAAAUUGUUUGAUCUACCCCUGAAUACUCCUGCUGUUCUUGCCACUAGUUACAGGACAAAUAAAGCAACAUCCAUUCAAAGGGAGAAAGGAAGAAACAACCCAACUAAUGCCCCUUACAGGUAAUAAUGUCACAGAGUUGAGCAGGGUUCAGAACAUUGUCUACUUAAAAAAACAGAAGUGGUGUUGUUUUGGGUUAGACGCAGUACAUGAUCAGUGCCAUGAAAAUUGUAGUUAUUGGUAGUGAUGUUCAAACAGUAACAUCUUCACCAUUUUCAGCAUUAAACUCAGCAGCAUCUUUUAAAGUCUUAUUUUAAAGUUAGUCAUUUUCAGCACUUUCUGUCAUUUUUACCAUCUUCCACAUCAAUUUCACAAACAUCUUCAGCAACAAGUUCACAACUUUCAGUAACAUCUCAAUUAACUGUCAGCAACACAUCCAUCAGUUUUAGCAUUAUCUUCGAUCAUAGUCACUAACAAGUUAAUCAUUUUUUGCACUCUGGCAACCUCUUCCAGCAUCACGUCCAUCAAUUCAGUAUCAUCGUUAGCAAGUUGUCACAUACAGCUGACAGUUUCUAGCCUAAAAGCUGUUAAAAACUGCAGGAAUACUAACAAUAAAAGGCCAAAAUGUGGCUUUGCAAUGUAAGACUGUCAUAAAGUACACUCUUAGUGCACUCAUAAAGUAACUCUUUAGGGGUGUUCACACCAAGUGCAAGUAAAAUUAUUCAUGAAUUAUAUGUUAAGUCAAUGCUAAGACGCGAUCAGACGGUCUCUCUACUCUGGCGGCGCAAAUGACGAGAAUUGGGCGGAGUGAAUUGUGCAAAUUGAGCGAGUUAUUUGCGCGAAUGAAUCGAGUAAAUGCUAUUAAUUUACGUGCAAAUGAAGCGAUUAGUUGAUUUUAUUUGUGCUUGGUGUGAACGCACGGUUUGAGUGACCAUUAAAAGCAGCUAGUGAUCAGGCUUUACCAAUUUCAGCUUCAGUACCACAACCUUCUGCACUUUUACAGUGCAUAUCAACAUUAUUUCAAAGACUUCGAUUACUAUAAACAGACAUAAUUAUCUAAUGAUUGGAUUUUACCCCAGACAAGUUUGUGAAAGAACUCUUACCUGGGACAUGCUGUGGAUUCCACCGUAAAUACACAGGUGAAGAACAUGGGUAGACAUCUGAACACAACUUGCCAAGUAAACUUUUUACACAACCAUAAAUGGCAACAGGUCAAGAGAAUGGUGUGCUUGCUUACAAAAUGGGACUUUAUUUUGUGUAGUAAUUUUAACAUAUUUUAGAUAUAAUACAUAAUACUAUUGAGAACACGCUGAACUCAUCAAAUACCAACCCAAAUUAUAUCAACCAGCCAAAGCCCAAUUAAAACCCACACAGUCUCAUCUGAAACCACCAAAUUAGGUGGAAAUUCACCCAAUCUGGCAACAGUCAUCUUUAGCAUCAAGAUAACCAUUUGUGAGCACUAUUGUCAUCAUUUUCAUCAUUUCAGCAUCAACCUAUUUCUUCAUAGCCUCCUUUUUUUUGCAUUUAUUUAUUUUCUCCAUUAUAAUAGAAAUUCUCCAUUUUAAUAGAAAAUUAUCCCCAAGAAAAUAAAUACAUAUUUUUUUUUUUUUGCAAGAUUAUUUCAUACUGAAACUUGUUCGACAGGGCAGCCAAAACCAGUUUUUAAAUUUCGGACUUCUACAUUUUUGACAGUGUCUCAUAUUUCAUACCAGCUUUUCGUAUCCCUGUUGGGUCUUUUUUUUUGCUGGGAAAUGCAGCUUGUCUUAAUAUUAUUGUUUCUCGGUGUGGCCCUCUUAGAAUGAAACCAAACACUGAGGUCAAAAGUUUGUGUCAGUGGAAACUGAAUUUGAAUGAUUAAGAUUCAGUUUUUAUUCUGAACUUAGUAUUUGAAUUGAAAAUGUAAGUCUGAAUUGAACCACAGACAAAAUACCUUGAUACCUGAUCAAUUUAGAAAUUUCACUUGAAAUCAGUGCAGGGUGUUGUUCACUUUAAUGAGUGGAAAAAUUUGAUUUUACAUCUAUGGAUGGAUGGAUUAUGUAAUUACAAACUGCAAAUUGGAACAUGUAUGUGUGAGUUUUUUUUGUCCUUGAAAGUUUUAGUUUUUUUUAAUCGGCGCAGCACUUCCUUCUGGCUGUCGUGCUUCUGCAUGCCAAGCUGCUCACUCUCUGCCCAACACAGGUGGUAGGGGCUGCCAGGCCCCCUGUCUGGGCUUGCAUCUUGCUUCACAUUGGCUCGAAGAUGGGAACAGUUGUCACACUGCUAAUAAAAACAGUUUUGUUAGGGUGCUCAUUUCACUAUGCAUCUUGUUUUCUCUUAUAAUAUAAAUAUGUAUGUGGUUAACUGUUUUUUUUGACCGGUGAGUGCUGUAUUUGGUCAUUCAGCAUGGAAACAUAGUAAAGGUUGCAGCUAUUUCAGGACUAAUGAGACACUUGAUCAGAAAGAACAUGAGCAUUUUUCAUGAUGUACAAACAACCUGUAGUCAUUAACUGGGCUGAUUCUGCUGAUCGGUGCUGGUCUUUUUCACUUUAUUUGUUGUUUGUGUUGCUCCUGCUGUCACACUUUGAAUUACUCCGUAAACUAAUUAGCUACACAACUUUGGAUUGAAGUGAAUACAAUUGGGCUGUGAGAUAGAGAAAUGCCUCCCUGCAUGGCAUAUCUGACUGCUGAGACCAAAGCGGGGAAAAAAAAGGUAAAAGACAUGAGAAGUGUUGCCAAAAUUCACUGAGGCUCUUUUCAUGGAUGUGUCUUAUAUUUCUUCAUAGUUUUAUCAAUGACGUAGUUUGUAGUUUUAAUUAUUUACAUGCUAAGAGUGUUUCUUUUUUUCAGACUUAAAGGAAACGUCAUUUACAGGAUCGUUUCUAUGUUGCUUUGUUGCUUUCAAGUCUCUGAAGACUACAUGAUCUGACUUUCAUCAUACAAACCCUUUAAGGACCAACAUCACCCUGAUGUCAUCGUAUUGGCUAUGGGUGGGAGAAAAAAUGGAUACAGCAUAGUAUUGUGAUAUUUUGUCUGGUAAUAAAUCGUAUCAUCUCAUUUACCAAGUAUUGAUUGCUCAAAUUAAUUGCUAAUAUGAAGUCAAAUCUAUGAUAAUGGAAAAAAUAAAAUCAACUGUUUGUUCAGUGAGGUUGGCAGAGGUGACAUGUCUUAAAAUGUCUUGUGUUGUUUGGUACCAUGUCAAAGAGGACAGGAUGGAGGUGAAUGCUUUGUGUGUAGUGCAGACUCCAGAUUCUACAGAUUUACUGUUGUAUAGAUGGAUGACAUUGUGUGUAAUCGAGGAUUAUCAAUGCCCUUUGAUCAGGAGUUGAGGAAACAUAGAGAUAGAUUGGAUUUUCUGUAAAUUUGACUAUUUCAGCACAAGGGCUAAUAUUGGUUUACAAAACAAAACAGCAGAAAUUUAUUAACUUCCCAUUUAUGAUUGCGAUCAAUCAUUCCCAAAAUAUGUUAGUAUCUAAGAACCUUGAUCUCAGUUUGUCUGUUUCUUUUAAAUCAGAUAAGUUUCAGCGUGCAGCCAUUUCUUCUUUAUUACUUUCAUCAAAUCAUCCAUCCACUGAGUGUAUGGGUCAUCCACUUUGUCCCUGAUCACUGGUGGCAGAGACCUCUCAUACUCUUCGGAGAACUUCUUCCACUUUGGUCAAAAUAAACCAAAUAUAACUUGCUAGCAGCUACAGUUAAUGGGUCUAAAACGUUUAGCCUCCAGCUAAACUCUGUCCACCAGAAAAAAAACAUCUUACAGUUUGAUAACAGUAAAAGGGUCUGUAGGUAAGCUCUAAUUCACUUCUCUGUGAUAUUUAUUGCCCAUUUUGAAGCAUGCUAGCAAACUUUGUUUUUCAACAGUAUCCAACUUUGUGUCACCCUCUGCCUUUUUGCGUUUAACAUCCCUCUUCUCAAAUUCUGCUCUGAAAUUAGCACAGUCGUCCUCAAGUGUAACUAAAGUCAUAAAUCAUUGCUUCGUUCAGCAUAGAGCUGAUUCAGGUCCAGAGCCUUGGUGCAUGCUGAACUGGAACCUGAAAUGAACUGAGCGAUCAUUAAUGUUAUUGGUAACAUCUGUGGCUUUCCAUGCUGUCAAGUCCUAAUGUUCACCGUGAGGAAAGUCUGCACCCUCCUUGCCUGUGGCUGCAAUAUAAAUCCAACCAAUAAUGAAUCCACUGCAACGCUCAACAGUUUGCAAGGUGAUUUUUUUCCCCCUUCUUUUGGUACUCCUACACUCUGUGAUUGUGGCCAAAGAGUUCAAUUUUUGUUUCAGACACUUUUCUUCAAAAAGCCCUCUGUUUGAUCCAAGUGUUGUGUUGCAUACUGAAAGCUGCUGCACUCGAGUAAAAUCUGUUAUUGCAAGACAAAGUGUUCAUACAAAGACAGGAAAAGUUUCAAUCCACACACCGGAAAUUCCUUUUAAACGAAUGCGAUCAUGAAAGCUGCACAGGGGCUAAUAGCACCCUCUGAAAAACAAGCUCCAGAUGUGUCAUGUUGACACGUGUGAUAGUGAGUACUAGAGAGGUGCAGAAGACCCCUCAAGUCAUUGACAAACAAAACACCUCCUCUAUUGUGCCAAGUACCCAUCUCUAAUCAGAUUCUCACUAGUGCAUGUACUACUGGCUGGUCUGCUCACUUAAGUAGAAGCUUGAGGGGCAAUGGUGCAACACAAGCAAAUGAUUGUAUUCUUCUGCGCCUAACCAGCUCGUGCAGUGUAAAAAGGUUUGGCUGAUGGGCUGUUACAUUUCCUGCUUCCAUCCUUCAGUCUGCUUUAAAACACUGUAAUGGGUGUGACCUUUCAUGUAAGAGAACACAAAAACAAUUUCCUGCAUAGAAAGGUCACCUCAUAACUGUAGAAUAAAUACAACUUAACAUGUCUUAUAUGACUCUUUUUCAAGAUAUGACAUUUAUGAUGCAGUAUUUAGCAGAUGCAAUCUUUUGCUGUCACUGUGGCUGGGCAUGCUGACUAAUAUUUGCUUUCUAGCCUUCUUGCUAAUAUCUUUUCUGGUCUCACCCCAUCUACUUGGAAACCUCUUCAGGAGCUUAAAUGUUAAAUGUUUGAGAAUAACUUGAGAUAAGAGAGGCAGUUUGGCAUUAACGUGUUUAUUUUGGAUGAGCAACUUCACUCACUUGCAAAUAUUAGCUAUCCCAGGCGGCCGAGCCCAGCUUUUAUGGACUGUACAAAGUUCCAGGAAUUUCUCUGAAGGUACUUAGAUGAGCUGCGUGUGUGAACCAAAAACAGUCCAAUUUUGCACCCGACUUCACCCAGGAUAGUUUUCUACCAGCCCAGACUAGGUCCGUCUUGGUGUGAGAGUACAAAAGAAAGUCCUGGAGAAGUAGGGCUGGGUGAUUAUGGCCUCAAAUCAGUAUCACGAUAUAUUGAGCAGUUCACCUCAAUAACGAUAAAUGGACAAUAACUACUCCACAUGCUGCUCACCCCCCUACCACAAUAACUUUGUCUACUUCAGCCGACAAAGUUGAUGUAGGACAGCAUCUUAAAGGGACAUGAGACCAUAGCCUACCUACACACAUCCAAAACCAACUUUCAUCGAUUUAUUGAUUUAUUUGACACCGAAUAUAUUGACAUGGCAAAAUGACGUUGAUUAUUGUGGUAAAUUUCGGCAUCUGUAAAUUUUCGGUUUAUCGCCCAGCCCUAUAGAGAAGUCACUGACCCAACAGAGGAGGGGUAAGCCAGGAGGUGAUGAGGUUUAUGUCAUACAGCUGGUGUUGUGGCUAGUAUAGCUGCUUUGUUGAAUAGUGCAAAUAAUGCUGUUUGAGAAACAGCAGUUAGUGUACUUGUGUUAGUACUUACUUCUAAACUUUUAUCUAAAAUUUUAGGAGAGGUGUAUCUCAGCAUGUAUCUCUUAUUUAACAAUGCUCCAAGCUCACAGAACCACUUCAUAUCCCACCACUGCUCUCCCUCUGUUAGCAGUCUCUGAACAGUAGGAGUGUGUUCUGUUACUCGGUUACAAAAUUCAUCUUUGUAUCAUAUAAAGAUUAGUGUUCCUUGAUUGAAUGAUGUCCUCCAGUGACAAGGAGCACAGGAUGUUGGCUUUAUGCGUGUGCAGAACUGCUUAAUAGCACAUCAAGGUAGGAAGCAGUACUGGUGGGAACACUUUCAUUUGGUGGAUUUGCUCAUUAGCUCGUCCUGUUUUUGAAGUUGAAACUGCUGGAAAAGAGGACUCUCCAUGUGCCAUCUUUUUAUAGAUGAACUUUAUUCCCUUACUGAAAGUGACACAGCGGUGAAGUGCAUGUCUGAAAACAGCUGUGGCGUCUGUUGUCCAAGCAGAGAGGUAUACACUAGUCAGCAGGUUGGGCAUAAAAAGAUGUCUUCCAGUGAUUUAUCUUGGAUGAAUAUUUGAUGUAAACUCCUCACACCCCUGUAGAGCUUCUGCAAAGUUUUCAUGUCAUGGUACAGAUUUGGCUCGGAUAAAGGAACACAGAAUGCUUGUUUUGGGGUAUUACAACUCAGUUUUGACUGUGGUUGGCAGGAAAGCUGCAUCAUCUGCUUCACAGUCUUUUGGCACUUCUCCAUCCAUCAUUGUCCAUCCAUUCAUCCUUUAUACCUCAACUGGAUAUUCUCCUUCUCUUGAGGUUUUAAUGAUUGCAGUCUCCUUGUCUCCUCUUUCCUUUUUUUCUGGCUCCUUCAGUCUGCAGCAGGUGUUUUUCAUUAUUUAGAGCUCCCCUACCUUGUUUUUUUUUUUUUUUUUGGAUAUCAAAUGAGCCAAAUUUGAAAUGGACCCAAUACCAAGCAGAACAAUAGUUGGCCAAGAUUUAAUUUUCUCUCCCCGUGGUCUAGUAGAGUCAUCACCAAACUAAAAUAGUGCUCACAAAGUACAGGGAUGCUGUGCUGCAGAUGUAAAAAGACGUGAGAUCGCACUGGAGAAACACAGUGCAGGGUGAGACUGAAAUGUUUGUUUGUGUUUAUAUCUUUUCCCGCUGGUUUACUACAUCAUUUCAAAUGAUUAGGGAAGUUGUUGGCGAAUGUCCACCGUCGGGAAUGUUUGUGGGGAAAAAAAAAACAAAUAAACAUGUUAAUUUUGCUGUAAUUCAAAGCCAUAGAAGUGAAAACACAAACCAAACUCAUUAAGACCGGUUACGUUAGCAUUUUCCCGCUGCAGGGUCUGUGAGGUUAGUCUUCAGUUUUUAGACUUUCAUUGUCGUUGGUGGCGGAGAUUUUCACGGUGGGUUAAUUGAAGUCAGGGAGAUUAAAAGUGUCUCUGCCAUGAUCUCUCAACUUGUCUCUGUAAAUACACUAUUCAGUAUGCAGCAAGGCAGACACGCGUGUGUGUGUUCUGUAAAAAAACAUGACCCUCUCUCACUCUGAUAAGGUCUUCCUUGGGGUUAGCUCUUCAAUAGAUCACUCUACCUGCCCCAAAUGGGAAAUUGAUUUCCUCCGUUUUCCUCGCUCUCCCUGUGAGGCUAAUUAGAAAUCAUGAGGCAGCCCACCUUUAUGGGGGAUAUAAAAACACUGAAGACAUCAUGUGAGCUGUUAUUUCUUCAGAUUUGAAGAUGGUACCUUUUUCAUGUCCUAUUCUUGAAAAUCUCUCAUUCAGUGUUCCCUCCCCCCUCCCUGUACCUCUCCAUCUCUCUCCCGCUGUAGCAUAGAACUGAUACCGGCUGUUAGCAGUGAGCUAGGGCCGGAUCUGCUUUUGAAAGCUCACCCAGCGUUAUAAAUCAAGGGUGUGGGUCCCCCGGGUGCCGUCACCAUCGCCAUCAGUUCCACUGUUUUAUUCAUCCGCUCCUUUGUCUCAUCAAGAUUCUGCCCCACAUAAAAUUUUGUGUGUCUGUGUGAGCAGGGAGAGGGGUGGUCACAAAGCAUCACCGCAGACUGCUGCUAAUCCAGGUGGGCUGGUGGGAGUAGAGGGAGGGCAAAGGUAAAAAAGGCAAGAAGGAUGUGACAUGGAUAAGAGAAAUAAAGGGCUGGGGGUGAUAUCUGAGAGGGGCAGGGUGGUUUGAGGUGUGAGGACGGGAAAAAAGAGAGGAGAAAAAUGAGCGCAGCAGAGCAAAAUAUGGAGAGUUAGGGCAGGAAAAACAAAAGGAAGAAGUAAACAGAUGCCGGGGAAGAGAAACACACACUGAGAUGGUAAGCAAGAGGGAAAGUGGCUUUGAGUUGAUUUAUGAGAAGACAAAAACAAUUGUUUAAGGCAUUUCUUUAAAAGGAAAAGACCCAGACAGAUCAACUUUUAAACCAUCAUUAAGGCUUCACUUCCCAUUUAGCUUUUUUGUGUUUUUGUCUCAGCUUUGUCUCAGUAAGAUUUAAGGCUAAAAGAUAGAUUGUUUGAACAUCACAGAUUUAAUGUGUGCAUGCACAAUCGUGACAUCACCCGAUGUGCUGAGCCAGUCAAAUGAUGUGAAACAUGUCAUGUCUUUCUUGUUGUCCAGGAUGUUGUGUGUGUGUGUGUGUGUGUGUGUCUGUGUGUGUGUGUGUGUGUGUGUGUGUGUGUGUGUGUGUGUGUGUGUGCGCGUGUUUGUCUGUGGUUUACAUGACCCGAGAGUGUAAACAUGCUCCCAAGCUGAAAUGCUGCUGUUGUCACAAAUACUCCAAAACGGUGAAAUGAAGUUUGAAACAGAGCUCUACUGCAGACUGCUGAACAAACUAACUGGUCCAUGGUGUGAACAUCAACACCAACACAUGCAGCGCAAGUACAUGAUGUGAAUAUUCUAAGUAGAAGUAUGUAGAUUUUGUUCAUCAGUCAUGUUUAAGUACUAAUGUGUUGCUUCUCCUGCACCUACUCUCUCAUCCCCUGGUCUCCAUGUGGGUGUCAGAGCUGCUGUCAGAGGGCUGGACACAGUGUUAUCUGAGUAGGAAGGUUUCAAUAUGAAAAUAGACUAAGAUCCAAAUUAGAAAUAUUGCAAUUAUGUUGUAGAAAAUUGUGUUUCAAAGCAUUAAGAAUCAACUGCAUUUAGCUGGUCUCAGAUUCUCUCUUUUUUCAAAUUGCAUUAUUUAUUUUCCCAGAGAAAGAAAAUGCUGUUAGACUUUUCCAAUAAUUAAUAUGAUUGUAAAAAGAUUUAUUAAAAUAGAAGUGGUCUGAACUGUUGAUGGUUACUACUUUCUGCCUGUUAAUUCAAAAUAAAGCAAAAAUAUCCCCUGGAAGAGGCAUUUAUGUUGUUUGGAGACAGAGUUAGUUGAUAAUAGGUUUAUCUAGGGCUGGGUGUUAACGUUUAGCUUCUUUGGUCAACCAAAACACAAUGAUGAGUUCAUGAAAACACAAGAUUUCUGGCCUAGAUUACAGCUCUGGUCCUGCUGAAUCAAUAAAAAACCUGGUUCAGAUUUUGUACUUGGGCAUUAUUAAGAUCAUGCUGGUUCCAAAAGAAGAGAGGAAAUUCUCUAGCUGUUUUACCCAAAGGCAGAACUACCCCGAAAGUGUGUAAUUAAGACUUUGCUAAUGAGUGGGAAUUUAAUUUUGACAACUUUGGAGCUGACAUAGCUUUGAGAUUCUUGGGGGCUCUCCUAGGGUGUCGCCCGGACUUUGGGUUUGGAACGAAUGCUGUACACUGCUAUAUGCUCCAGCACUAUAAUUCCAAAAGUAGAGAUAUACAUGUGUGUUAUGAAACGGCAUUUUAAUCCCCUCUAAUUAAAAUGUGAACAACACCAUUAGUUGCUUUUUUUAAUAAAAACCAUGCAUAUAAAAAUGUGUCAUCAUAGCUGCCACACUUUAUUGCCACAUGGUCCCUGAGGUGACCACAGCAGAUUAAAGAGCGCACCAGUUGCUGCAGGUUAAUUCACAGCAGCAGAGGAAGCACAGUGGUGUGCACAGAGGUGGACUAAUUUCUGCACACCAGCUAAAUGAAGUGUCUUAGGCAUUAAGCCAGUGUGAAACUCAGACACACAGACUCACCUGUGCAUAUUAAGUAGUUUUAUCACCGCCACAGUCCAAAAAUGAUUAUUAAUGUAUCUUGCUUUCUGACCUUUUAGGAUUACUCUAAAGUGAUUGGGGCGGAGAACAACAAUUAACCACCGCGGGAGCAUGGAGAGCCAUGAGUCUCUGGUACUGUUAUUUUGGGGUUACAGGCUAAAAAGUUUGGAAACCUCUGCUCUGGUAAAUCCAUUUGUGCUAACUAAGCUUUAAGCUGUCCGGUUUGAGAUUGAGUUGUAAUGUAAAAUCAGAGGUUUGUGUAGGGCUGGGUGAUAUGGCCCCAAAUCAUUUUCACAAUAUAUUGAGCAGUUCACCUCGAUAACAGUAAAUGGACAAUAACUACUCCACAAGCUGCUCACCCCCUCCCACAUCAACUUCAGGUACUUCAGCUGCCGCUCCAGCCGCUCCAACUUUCAAACCGUCUUCCAUCUCCUCACAUGUCUUUCCCUCUUUGGUAUGGACUGGAUGGGGUGGAGUCACGACACAAUGUCCACGAUGUAGGACAGCAUCUUAAAGGGACAUGAGACCAUAGCCUACCUACACACACCCAAAACCAACUUUUAUUUGUAAUUUUUUUUGACACCGAAUAUAUUGACUUGGGCAAAAUGACGUUGGGUUAUUGUCGUAAAUUUCAGUAUGGGUAAAUUUUCGGUUUAUCGCUCAGCCCUAGAUGAGAUAUUUGAGAUAAUAGAGAUAUCAGACUGUUAUAAUAGAUUUUAGAUAUUGACUAGAGAUAUUUGCACAACAGAUUCAAUGUCCAUUUAUGCGAAUACAAUACACAGCAAAGAUAAGCAGGUCUAGUAUUAACAGUCAUCACAUGCUCCUCAUUUACUGUCGUAAACUUCAUUUAAACUUCAUUAAAGAUGCUUCAUUUGAAAGCACCCUCCUCACCUCUUUGAACCCAUAUACCCCUCUGUCCCUCAGGAAACAUGUUUGUGUGUCACUUUCUGUUAGUGCCAUGCACUCCAGAGCUGAUCCUCUCCCAUUCUAGUCAACGCCUGUGUUACCACAGGGAGUGCUACGACACGUCUCAGCUCCAUUCUGGGAAAUAUGUUCCUCCUCUGCUCUGUGAGAGAGAUGCCACGGGUCUAUUUCUGAUGGAGUCUGCAUCCAACAUGUCAGGCUGAACGGCCUGACCUGGAUGUAAUGUCAAACACUGGAGAGGCACAUUUUAUUCUGUCCAUUUAAAACUGAAACACCAUGGGAAGCAUGCUGACCGUAUGUCAGAUUGUCUAGAUGAGAAAUACUUACUGAUGAUGGAUUAAAUGUGAAGAACGACAAAACAACACUUCCCCAUUUCAACCAGAGUGAUCCAGGCUAAAUUACACACACCUGCACAUGUACAUGCGUUUGGAGAAGUCUCCACACCUGUUGCGGCCGGAGGGAGAUGGCGGAUAAUGACGGUGUUAGAGGCAGAAAAAAAAGGCCUCAAUAAGGAGGAUUAAAAACACAGCCACAUUGUUCCUCUUUUUGUUAAAGAAAUGUUGAAGGUAUUAGCUCGUUCAAGCAUGUCUCUCCUGUUGAAAGGACACACAUACACACUUCAGGGUCUUUAUUUCUACUGAGUAAUUGCUGAGACAUUUAAGAAGAAAAGCGUAUUACACCAUCCAUAUGAAUUAUCCUGCGCUGCCUAAAAUAUGGACUGUAUAUGCGAUCCAGAUGAGCAUUGACAAAAGGAACACACAGGUUUAUUUUUUCCUGUCUCCUAUUCAGAACUGUACACCAGGAUUUGGCUUUAUGUGAGCAAACAUGCACGCACACACACACACACACACACAAAAUGUCCCCUUAUACUUCAGCUCCCUUUCCCCUCUAUAAAAACAAAGCCCAGUGACAAGCGGUGCUGUCAAAUGUGCAUAUGGUGAACUCGUCAGUGUGUUAUGCACACAAAGCAGCUGCCUCACUGUGCUCUCACUCUCUCCUGUGCAUCACCGAGUGUUUGUUUGCCUGUUUGUCGCCUCUCGUGUGUUUAUUUGUGCAUGCGCGUGCACGGCAGCCACACUCUCUCUCCGCGGGGCUUGCUUAACUAAGAUUAAUUGCACCUAAUCCACUGUGCCAGGUGGAACAAGGACCACGGUUGGUGCGCUCACACAAACACACAGACGCGCUCACAAACAGGCACACGCAUCCCAUUAUAGCCUUGCUGCUGAAAAUUAGCCUCGUACCUCUCCUGACACCCUGGACCGGAGCACAACUCGAUACCACCAUUUACUUCCCGACAACUCCCACAUUUAUCACUGUUGCCUCUGUCCGACAGAUGAACACGUGGACGAACAAAACGCCGUGACAGAAGAACGAGCUUUCUGCACUCACACUUCAGCACCAGCUGACCUUGAUAACACGCAUAAAGACGGUGUUUGUGGUCCUUCCUCUUUAGGAGGAAACAGUGUGCUAAAACUUAAUGUCUUUGACAGAUGCAGCACAUUUUUAGGAAGUGCUGAAUUCUGAAGCACAGCAGAAUUCUAUUGGGCUAGUGGCAACACGACAAGGGCAGCAACAAGCUGACUCAAAAUGAUAGCGACUUUGUACAUAAAUUGAUAAUAAUGAAGUUUAAAAUAAAACAAAAGACUCUUGUAUCUUUGGUGACUUUUCAAAGUUUGGGUUAAAAAGUAAGUCAAUAAUGCUGAUUAAGAUUACCCCGGGCACACUCCUAUACUGGACCUGUUGUGAUUGGCUGGGCCAUUAAUGCUUGCUUUAAAGAAAGUGGAUGGGAUUAAAAUAAUCCCAAUUUGAAAGGUGAUUUCGAAGUAAAUUUUUGCAAAGCUUAAUUUGAAACUACUAAACAAUGAUACUAAAAUAACUGUGCUGUCAGCAGAUUAAACAAACUAACCUCAAUAAUUACAGAGUUAAUUAAAAGAUAAUCCCACAUUUAGUGCUGGACGAUAAUUCAAUAACAAUAUAUAUCGAUCGAUAGACGUGUGGUGCGAUAGAAAAAAAACGGGUCGAUAAAAUGUUCGAUAGAAAAACACAGUUUCCCUUUCUUUUUCAUCAUAGCCUAUCAUGUAGCUUUUACUACAGUCAUUACUUCCUCCCAACCAAUCACAAACGCAGACCCAGGUACGCUACGGCACCAAGCCCAGCCCCUAUCAAACCACAACAGACAGCAUGUGUAUUAGAAAAAAUGAUACAGCAAGGAGAAGCGGAGGACAUUGUCCCGAAAAAAGGUUUCAGUAGUUCACCAGCAUGGCAAUGUUUUGGUUUUUAGAAGUCUGACAAAAAGCGAACAGCGGUCGUUUGCAAAAUUUGCAGAGAAUUAGUAAAAACGAAGUCUGGUAACACAACCAACUUGUUUUACCAUCUAAACCGAUCGCACCCGCAGGAGUACGAGCUGUGUCGGCCCAGAGCAGUAGAUUCUGUGUCGGCCGCGCCGCGGCUCCACGUCAUCGUCGGAGGAAUCCUCUGGAACCGCUGCCAGCACCAGCACAAAGCAUGUGAAGCAGACCAAACUGGACUUCGUUUCUUGCCAAAAUACGACAAAGCGUCCGAGCGGCAUAAGGACAUCACCCAUGCAGUAACAUGCUCCAUAGCGAGGGACAUACUGCCAAUAACUACCGUUGAAAAGCCUGGCUUCAACAGCUUCUAGCCACUCUCGACCCGCGAUAUGAAGUGUCCGGCCGCAAGUAUUUCUCAAACACAGCGCUUCAGGCAUGAAAAUGGGUCAGGGGUUGAAAAGGUGAGAAGGGUGCGGAGGAAAUACGUUCCGGUGUAGCUUCUUAAAGUGGAAGAAAAUGAGCUCAUAUUUUACAAAGACGCGAGUAUUUGGAUCAUGGCUACUAGCAGGGGUGCAUUCUACGACACAACACCGGCGUGGAUAAGUCCUGCUUCUCGUGCUUAGUUUGUGUAUUAAGUCAAUCACAUGAUAAUUAAAAAAAAUAAAUCUCCCGACCCCGGGAGAAAUAUUUCAGUGUUCAGACACCAGGCUGUGGGCAGUUUCCCACACAGUUAAAACUGGUAGUAUGCUAUUCCCACCUAAAGCUAUUCUGUUUAUUUAUAUAUUUGUUUAUUUUCAUCAAAAGAUUAUUUAAAUAUUUAUUUAUCAGAUUUUCUGGUCACUUUAGUCUUUAUGUUUGUCAGUAUUUACUGACGUCACUCAGGCCACUUGAGUUGAUUACUUUUUUUUUUUUUAAGUUCUUUUUUAAAAAACUUUCAGUUGUGGUAAAAUAAAAAAGGUGGUUGAAUAAAGGUUUGAAUUUGAAUUCAGUGCUUGUGUGUUCUUUAUUAAAAGUAGGUCAUUAAGCAAUAGCAUAAAACAUCCAGGGCUGCAAUUAAAAUAUAUGUUAAAUAAUUAUAACAAUUAUAUCGAUAAUUAUCGAUAUCGAUCAAUAUGAUUUAUUUUUUAUCGAUAUGCUUUUUUUCUAUAUCGUCCAGGCCUACCCACAUUUCAGUUGCACCCUAAAGGACCCCAAUGUGAGUUAUGUACAUUUUUUAACCUGAUAUUUUUUUCUGUAAUUCAUCAAAAAUAAUGCCCCAAAAAAUAUGUUUUAAAGUCGCUUCACUCCUUGUUCAAUAAACAUUUACUAACAUUCAUGUUAAAAUUAUUUUCAGUACACAGUAAAAAAAAAUUGUCUGUACUCUGCAUUAUAAUAAUUAAAAAGACAGUGUAAGGUUCACAUAUUUAUUUCAAACAGUAUCAUAAACAAUUCUAAUUAUUGUUAUUUCCUGACGGUUAUAAAGUGAAACUGAGAUGUGCAAUGACUCAUUAUUUUCUCCAGAUUGAACCUCAGAGGGAUCAAUAGUCAUGUCAAAGGUCAGCGGCUGUAGUGCCAUGUCUGAUUCACACAUACUUGCACACACAAGCGUCCCAUUGGGCACCCCACUUAGCAGAUUACCUUCCCAGAAGAAAGACAGGCGGUUACUGUCCUUCCUCUUAUUGCACCUGUCUCUCUUCUUCCUCCUCUCUUGCUUCACUCCUCCAUGGUAACAUGGCUCAGUCACCUCCUUCUCCUCCUAUAUAUGUCACAAUGAUCUUAAGUGGGAGUCCUCAUUAAACUUGAGGCUUUGAGGUCAUUCGGGUCACACAUACGCACAUGUCGGUAUCCCCCCUCCUUUUUCCUCUGUUAUUUCUUUUCUGUCCUUUGAGAUAAACUUGGGUACACUUACAUCAGCACAGCCAUUAAAUUUCAAAUGCAUACGCUCACAUUCACAUGCACAUACACUCAGGGCUGCUUCGUGUGCUGCUGGCUGAUGCAUACAUCAAAAAAAUGUAACCUCUGAAUGAUUUUUCGGACACUCUUGGAUUGAUUCAUAUUUUUAGCUGGCUAUCUCAACCAUUUAUCCACUUUAUUUAUCCAUUAUAAGCCAAAGUACUUUGUAAUCCUUUAAUAAUUUUUGGGUAUAAAUUACUGGUCUUGAUUAUUAACAAUGCCUUCAGGUACUGUCUAGUGUUGAUUUCAUUUUCAUCCUGUUUUGUAAGCGUGGUUCCUUUUUUUUUUUUUUUUAACUCUUGGCUUCUUUUUAUCAGCAGAUGAGUCAGUCCAGUUUUUUUAACCACUCAAAGUGCCUGCACAUGUUUGUGCUUGCAUUUAUGGGUUCAUCUGUGUGUCUUUAUGCGUGUGCUUCAGGCAGGAAGCAAAAUAUUACUUUGUCCAUCAUUUUUUACAGAAAGAGAGGGAGAAAAACAGAACAGAUCAAAAGAAUCAAUGCAAAGCUUACGUAGGUAGUAGCACUUAUGAGCCCGCUCAAGGGCAAUGUCUGUUAGCUCAGGGCCUAAUCGGCGUAUUGUAUCGUGCCAGUGGGACAAAAGAUGCACUGGCUUACAAAUGAGGCCUGGACAGAACCUGACAACUCUGACGAUUUCCUCCUCAGUGUCUGUUCAUGGGGAAAAUAAGAUUUUCAGACACCUUUCUCAGAGCCUUUAUCAUGUUAAAUCUCUGUCACUUGGGAAGCAUGGAUGGGGUGGAAGGGGAUACAUGCAAUAUUGUAAGCAUUUCAAAAAAUGCACAAUGUAUCUCAAUUGAACGCUUUUUGAACGUGUCACCUCAAGGGUGUUGGGGAGAGACAUUGCUCUGCAUUUGCAGAUUUCACAUCAUGCGUGUCCUUGAGAAUAACUCUUGUGUCAUUUCAUUCCUUUCCAUUCAUCUGAUCGCGGUGACAUUGUUUCCACUUUCUUGCUUGAUUAUAUUUCAGUCCACGAGGACCGGUUUCUCCUCAAAAGUGAAUCACAUUUCCCUCUCAAACAUGAAUCAUAUUGACCCUAAAAUGCACAGGGCAACAUCGAAACACCGGGUCCCCAGGAGCCCAGGACUCUCCGGUUUGUCAGGGAUUUGUAAUGCGAUAAACUUACUCAGAGGUAGGGACAAACACAUUAGUAUCAUCAGGUAUUCUCCAGUCCUCUUCAGGGAAUAUAUGAGGAGUAGCAAGGUUAGAGGAUGAUGGGUAACAAGAAUGCAGCAAAGCAACAACAAGGCAGAACAGGCUGUAGGUCUCAAGGUCUACAAACACUGAGGUACACUCUAUUCUUUAUAUUAGACAUUAACACAUGUAGUGCUUUGUUUACUUAAAUAAGGCGAAAAGUUAGACUUCUUUAAGGGUAGUGGCAGAAGUGCGCACUCUCAAUUUAAUGUUACAAAAGAGCUCUGAGUGUGUGUUGAGGAAUAAAUGUGUCAGGCGCAGAGUGCAGAGGUAAAGUAGGUUGUCAGAUGUGUGUGUGUGUGUGUGAAUGGGUCAAGGGUGUGUUAACUAAAGCUUGAUGUACUGAGUCUUAGGGGAGGAUAAAAAAGCAAAAAGCAGCAGCCGAGGAAUUACAGCCCCCUGCACUUCCAAACACUGGUAUAAUAAAGUGUGUCUUUAAAUCGUAAUGCUUCUAAACAUUUGUUUUUGUUUUUCUCUCAGCUCUGAAGUAUUUAUGAAAUGCCAGGAUGAGCAUGCUUUGCUGUCAUCUGCGGAAAAAAUAUGCAGUUAGUCGUUUAGAACAGCCAGCAAAACUUGCAGUCCCAUAAGUUGUUUGAAAUGGUUGUUUUUUUUUUCAGUGUAAACUCUGGGAGGAAAAAAAUCCAUUUAUAUGUAAAGAAAAACUCUUGACUUUGAUCAGACUGAACUGCACUGCUUCUCUUGAGAAUGCAGUUCAAUCACAGGCAUAUAUUGAUGUGCUGAAACUAAGCUUUGAAGAGAAAUUUUUUUCAGCAUUCAUCCGAAGCCCACCUCAUCUCUCCACCUCUAUUGCACCAAUUAGAGGAGAGAUUUUUGACUUGAAUAAUGCAAUAAUUCUUUAUUGCAUAGUUAUUGGCCCUGUAGCCACUUUUUAAAAUUUGAACAACAUCCCCUCACAAAACUGAGCAACAAGUCAGAGAAAUUUAAUACCAUUUUCUUUUAUUACUUGACGGCUCAACUUGACAUUAGUGGAAAUUAGCGUUGCCCAUUGGUUGUGUGCGUGCGUGCGUGUAUGUGAUUAUGUAUGUGACGUGUUAAACCGCAGCAGACUUUCCAGGCAAGACCUGUCAACCUGUCAAGAAGGUGAUUAGAAAUUACUGUGACACACACACACACACACACACACACACACACACACACACACACACACACACACUUACAUUUGUACGCAGCUACAUGCAUCCCCACAUGCAGAAAUUCGCACACACACACACACACACACACACACACACACACACACACACACACACACACACACACACACACACACCAGCACAUAUCCUGUGCUGAGAUGUUGUAGCCUGCAGCCUGCAUGCAAGGUCUGAUGCAGUUCACCUCUUGUGUCAUUGAGUAUUAGAGUAUAGACUAUCUGUCUGGUUCAUGGCAAAGAGAGACACACACAAGCACACUCACACACACACACACACACACACACAUGCUGUUAGUGUUUUGUUGGUUUUCAUGCUUAACAUUACUGCCCAAGGUGAAGGGUUUGGCUUCAAGCUGAUAAAUAGUCUGAGUACCCGUAAACACACACACACACACACACACACACAGGUGCACACACUACUCUGUAGAUGUACAGCAUGGUGCAGAACAUGCAUCCUAAGGCAUUGCGCAUCUCACAGUUUGCUUUUCCACAUAUGUAAGAGUACACACACAUGCUCAGAAACUACACCCCUCCUCUCCAACGUUUUGCACCUUCACUCCCAAUCACGUCCUGUUCCUUUCUCCUACACUUCAUCUCACCAUGGGUUCUCUUUUUGAAUACACAUUCAUUUCGUCUCGCACAAACACUCUCACACACAAACUCACACGAGCGCACACAUGCACAAUCAAGGUGUGAUAUGGGCAGACUUUUUCUCCGUCUGGCCCCAGGACCCCGAUUGAUUGAUAGGGAAGGUGGCAGUGCAGCAGAAAUAAGUGAAGAAAAGCAGGGCUGCAUGGUCUUUCCUCUGCACUUUGAUGUUAGUGUUGAAUCUGCUGUUUCUGAUUAAUGUUACCAUCAGUGUCCAUGCAUUAUUACCAGUUCCAUUGAAAUGCAUUAAAAGCAAACAAGAAGUCCUAUAUCAUUUGUACCUUUUGAACAGAAAAACAGCAUCAAACCACUUUGUUGUUUUUGAUUGACCAGUUGACUCACCACAGACUAAAUCAACUUUGUUAUUGCAUGGUAGAUGCAUCUGUCAAGCUCCUUUCAUUCACGUCUUCUGAUUUGAUUAUGGGUCUCCUUUUCCUCCUUGUGCUGAUCAUAAUGCUAAAAUACCACCUUGAAGAGGCGCCGUCAGUCUGCCCAGUGAAGAUCAGCCUGGAACUGUUGUACCGAUGACUUUCCAAAUCAGCUAAUCAAAACACACAUUUAACUAAAUGGUAAAACAACAACGAUUGCCAAGGCUGACAAACUUCAGCUUCUUGCGUCAGUUGGAUGCUAAUCUCCAUUUACUGAUUCAGUAUAAAUAUGUAUAAUCAGUACUUGAGGUCUGGAUUAUCAGCAUGGGGAGAGUUCUGGUACAUUUGUAGCCUAAGUAGUAUUGACGAGUCACAUAUCAGCAGGCUUUUGUGUCUGCAGGAAAAAAAACUGUUUGUGUAGAGAAGAAAAGUGGGCACACACAUUUCACUGUCCUGACACUCAGGCUCCCAUUAAGUGGUAAUCUGUCAACUAUCUAUUCAUCUUUAUAGACAAAUAUGCUGGCAAGUGCUACCAAUUGUCAGUCAUCGAUCAAAAUAUCAUCCUCAGUGACAAAUUUGCUCGACUGUGUUGCAUCAGUGUUGACAAUUUCUGACUAACUGCAAUACAUCACAAACAAUGGAUUUGACAUGUAGGGCUUCCAGGAGUACAAAGUUUAACGCUUUUAUCCUGUGUUAACAAUUUUGCAUUCAGCAAUGUGCAGUUUUGGUACAAGUGUGUAUUUCUAGUACUAUCUGUUUUCACCAUCCUUCUUACUAAUGGUGUAGUACUUGUGCUCUCAAGAGGGUACUGUUGAUAGUUGUGAGUUAUGCAGCCACUGAGACUGCACCACACACCCCUACCUAAGGCUGGGCGAUAUUGCCUUAAAUCAAUAUCACGAUAUAUUAAGCAGUUCACCUCAAUAACGAUAAAUGGACAAUAACUACUCCACAAGCUGUUUACCCCCUCCCACAUUAACUUCGUCUACUUUGCUCCAGCUGCUCCAACUUUUGAACUGUCCUCCAUCUCCUCACCUGUCUUUCUCUCUUUGUUACUGGAUGGGGUGGAGUUACGUCUCCAACCUCGGACAGUGUCUUAAAGGAACAUGAGACCACAGUGUACCUACACACAUCCAAAACCAACUUUUAUUUAUUUGACACAGAAGUUACCGAUAUGGGCAAAAUGACAUCAGUUAUUGUAGUAAAUUUCAGUAUCGGUAAAUUUUUGGUUUAUUGCCCAGCCCUAGUUGUGAGUUAUGCAGCCACUGAGACUGCACCAUACACCCCUACCACUCACUUGUUACUCUAAAUCAAGUCUUCUCCAUCAGACCAGCACUCCACAGGGCUUGUUUUGGUGAUAGUUUACCACCAUUUUCUGUCAAUGUAUUAUUUUGACCUUAUAAGGGCGACUGGUCCCGCUCACUAUGCAUCCAGCAUGAUUUGCAAAUGGAGAACUAUGUAAAAUGACAAUCCUUUGCUUGAGGAACAAACAAAUUCAAACAAAUUCUUUGACCUUUGUCCGUCUGUUCACAUGGAGGAGGCAGAGUUUGUGAGCUGUAACGUAUCCAGUCACGAGGAGUAGCUCCUAAUGCUUUGGUUUCACCAUGAGGGAGUUAUGUCAUCAAUUUUUAUAUCGUCCAUGUUUGAUAUCUUCUACUUGAGACAUCUGGGAGGACAUAUUUUCACUUUCUGUUUCUCUAACUUCAUUAACACAAAUAUUUGUCAGUCCAUAUGCACAUACCUCAUUGCUGCAUUUCUUGUAUUCAGCUGCACAUCAUCUGUACAUCUAACAUCAUUUCUCUUACCCCAUAUAGUGUGAAUUCUCUAGAACUUUACUUCUGAGUAUAUAAACAAUCAUAUACCCACCUAAGUCCGAUGGUACCAAAGUUUGUUUUGUUAUUUGUUCCGCAGCUGUAGUUCUUGGUUCAUAAACAAACAAGGUAGUGAUCCUGUGGCAUUUCCCUGGAUCUGUGCUCCGGAUUGGAUCUGUGGAGGAUGAGCUGGCUGCUCUGCCACUGGCCUGUUCUCUCACUCUGCCAUCUGAAUCUCAGUUAAGCCAUCAGGCGGCAUCUCAGUUUGCUCUCUGCAUGUAUCCUCUGUCUAUUUCCUUCUGACCAGGGUACAGCUUGUCAUAGAUAGUUUGUCAGACUGUCUUCCUGCUUGAGGGUCCCGCGGAGGUAGAGUUGGUCUUUCAUGGCUUUGGAAGUCAUUUAGUUGUUAACUUUUUCAAUGACUUUUAUGUUGUUGUAUAAAUAAACAUCAAGUACAAAGAGGACUGCGUUUUUCACUUUUAAGCCCCAGUGUGUGAUCUGUGUACUUUGAGGACAAUCGAGCUUGAAAAUGAUCACACAUUUAGUCGCUUUAACCUCAGGAUUAUGGCUGUUGUUUUGUUUGUCUAUGUAAAAGACAUAAAAAAAAAAAAAACUGGAAGGAAAAGCAAAAGCAAGUGUGCCAAUUAAUAUAAAACGAUGCAUAUUCGAGUUUACAAUAUUGAUGUUCAGCCAACGUUUUGUUUGCUUUAGCUUCACGCUCAGGGACGUAGUUUAAGAAAAACAGAAAAUAUUCUUCCAAAACCCCAGUUGGAAAAAACAUGAUCCAAACACAGUUAUUUGUAAUACACAAGAUCCUCAAGCAUUAGCACAACCACUUGGCUCUACUUUCUGUUUCCAAAACAAAUUAGAAACGAUUUGUGAAGAGCUACAUGUUGCUGUUUCUGCAGAAUGAUCUUUAAUUUCUGCCAAGAAUCCUUCUCUCUCUCUGUUUGUGUUUGCUCCAUGGGCUCUUGGUCACUCCGUAGCUCUUGGAGGCUUAGUUGACCUGCCAGCUCAGGGAAACUGUGUGUUGUCUCGGUUUCUUUGAUUGUGUACUUCCCAUUGAAAUUCUCCUCUGAAGUUAUUCCAUAGCAUUUUCCUGAUCCAUGCCUUUAUCUUCUAUCUACACAGUCAGCAGACUCAGCCCACAGUGGUGUUGUGAUGAUUAGGACACAGCUAACCCUUUAAAAUUGUAAGAAACAAACACUGUCUCCAAGAUUUGACAUAAAAAAGAAAGACAAUUUUGAAGUCCUUUAUGUUAACGGAAAACCAAGACAAGUGUACUGUUGGUACAUUGUUGGGAAUUCACCAUGUAAUCUUAAAGGAUACAAGUUAAAAUGAAUUGAAAACAAGUUUUUUAAAAGGAAGGAUAAGUUGGCAGGAGAACAUACUCGCUUCAUAUAUUUUUGAUGUGCUGUAGGACUAGACAGCCAAAGUUUCAUUUCUCCACUUUUGGUUUUUUAACCUUUAUUGAGCCAAUAAUAAAUCUUAGGUACUGCUGUGAUAAAGUCUAUCAUGAGCUGAAUGAACACUUAAACAUUAUCAUAUCAAGGCAUAGAAAAAUGAAAUGGCUCUUCUUUAGAUCAUAAACCUAAAGCUCAUGACCAUAACUGAGGGUUGGAACAUGAAUCUCUUGCCUUCAGUACCUCCUUCACCACGAUCAUCUGGGGCAUCAGCAAUGCUGCACCAAGACAUCCAUCAAUCUCACAAUCCAUUUAACCCGCACUUGUGAACAAAACCCCUCCCCCCACCAGGAGGUUCGCUGUUCACAGUUUUCUGGCAGAGAACCAUGGUCUUGGACUUAAAGGCACCAGGCGCAAUUACCCCAGCGUCUGCCAAACUGCCAAAGCCCAAUCUGGAACCCCCGGCUUCUCCUCGACAUCCUGUAAAUGACGAUCGCCACCAACGGAAUUGGUGGAAAAGGGCAACCAUGGUAGAUGCCUGAAUAAAUGAGAACACGGGAUACAAGCGCCUGAAAUGAGUUUGCUCUAAGAGUUGGCCUGACUCAGAUGUUGAGAUUGGGUCCAAAGCUUUGACAUUUUGAGGGAGCUUGACUAGUAGAAGAAGAGAGCUGCUACUUCUUCCAUCCAAAGGUGACAGUUUAGCUAGUUAAGGCAUCUGAUAAAGAAACCUCCUGGGCACCUCCCUCUUGAGGGAUUUCCAGGCAAAUAGGAGGACAACCAGAAUCUGCCGAGGGAUUUUUUUUUGUGUGUGUCGUUGGAACUCCUUGAAAUGACCAAGAAAGAGCUGGAAUAUGAAGUUGAGAAGUUGAGAUGAUUGGGGAAACUUGCUUCACCUGCUGACAUUAAAUAAAUAACAUGUUGAGUAUUGGUUAGGGCAGAACCUCAGAUUAUAAAUGUAGGGGUUGUUAUUCAAACAUUUUUAAGUAGGGGUGUCCCGAUACAACUUUUUUUUACUUCCGAUAUCGAUAUUGUAGCCUUCAAUAUUGGCCAAUACUGAUAUUAAUCCGAUAUUGGCACGAAAUUGCGCAUGACAAGUUUUGCACUCAGCUGCAAUGUCCUUUUCGGACUUAAACAAAAAAAUACUGCUACAAGGUGGACAUCACUUUUACUCCUUGCUACUUUGUAAGUAUCUCAGUACACACUGUUGCAUGUUGGAUCUCAGUGCUCAUAGAUAGAGGUGCUGGAGCAGAGUCUGGAAUGGACCGCUUGUAUCGGAGUGCUGAUAUCGGAGAUUUUAAAUGCAGGCCGAUAUAAUCCAAUAUCCGUUUUUUUGCGGUUAUUGGACCGAUAUCCAAUAUCAAUAUCGUAUCUGGACACCCUUAUUUUUAAGUAGUAAAACACUAAAUUUUGGCUAGUAGUGUCAGUGUAUUAUUACUGCACCUAGCUGUAACACUGAGCAGGUAACAGCUACAGCAGGACCAAAAUAAAACAGAUUAUUUUUAGAACUUUUUUUCCUGUCUAAAAACUUAGUAAUUAGAUGCCCCACAUACAGAUUUUGUUCACAUUUUCAAGUUUUAAUGAACUGUGCAAAGAGUUGACGAUUGGAUGAGAAACGACAGAGCUGAUUGGUUUCCCUGCCUCUGUUGUCAAUCCUCCGGCCUUCAGACUUUGCUCUGGAGACAGAUCACUUUGUGCACAAUUUCCCUGCUAAUGAAGGGGUGUUAGGGCACGUAUACACAUCAGUGGUGUUGAGAGGUAACUACACAUACUGAUUGGCAAAGAACUGCAGAUACAGUGUUUCAAUGGCAGGCUGCCAUCCCUCUCCAUUGAGCUCUAUGUGUUUUUGGGUGUGCUGCCGGCCUGCCCCUGGGCAGAGUUGCUCAUUCCAUAUUCUCUGACUGCCACAAACACUCUCUACCUCCCUCAUGCCCUCUCUUUUUCCUCUUCUGUCACUCCUUCUACUCCUUCUCUCCUUUCUCUAUUCUCACCUUCUCGUUUUUAUCACCACAGACUCAGGGAUUAUGAAGACAAUACUUGAACCAUCCCCCACCUGCCAACCCUAUCGGUUAUUUUUUUCUCUGUGAAACAUAGCAUACGUGCAUUACUGCAGAGGGUUCGUCACUAUGCUUAAGAUCACAGCCAGAAAACACACACGCAGCGCCAGACACCACUGACACCUCCUCCUCCUCCCUCCUCUUUGGUUUGUCACAGAGCUGCUACAGGGACUGUAAUCUCUUUUUCCCCUUCAUGUACCCUAUCUUUCUCCUUUGCUCUCCCCCUUUCCAUCCCCACCCCCAUGUGUUCUCCAAUCUAUCUGUCCAGCUUACUUUGUCUCACUGGCCACGUCAAUCACUGCAUAAAAGGCCAGAUUAAAAGACUAGAUUAGUAUAGGACAUGGCGUGAAUAGUGCAUCUCUGCCUGUCUGUCCUAAACAUGAGCUCUGAUCCAGAUGUCUCUAAAAAAUCGGUGAGACCUGAUCAUCAUGAGGAAGAAGCUCUCCAGCUCUGCCUUUCUCGUGGGCAGAUCAGUGCCAUUUGUUUUCAGUGCGGCGCACAGCAGAGGCAGUGGUACGCGCAACUGUGAGUGAGAAGAGUGUGUAUGUGUUUGUGGGAGGUUUGUUAAGCUGUAUAAAUUAAUCAAAAUGAACCUGGGAAUAGUGUGAGCGUGACUGCAAACUCCCUCUGCACUUGAUCCCAAAACAAAGUCCCAAUCCUCUUUGUGAGCGCACAUAGCUCUGGGAAUUUAAAACGCCUCGAAGUGACCAACCGAAACAUUAAUAUGUUUCGACCAAAGUCACCCCCUGCUUUACAUAACAACACAACCACGGGUGCAAUUCAGGACUUUAGAAAGGAGCUAAAAAGAGGCAUGUCACCUUUUUUUGACAUCACAUAUCCUUCCCUGACUCCCAGUUUGGUUCCUCUUUCUCCUUCUUCAAUCAGUCAUACUUAAUUUGUGGAGCACUCCUUAUGCAACAGCUAUGUAACACAAAGUGCCUUUCAUAAUACCAGAAUAAAAUAGAGUAGAAGUACAUAGGACCAAACUCACAAUCCAUAUACGAGAUAAAGAAUGUGUCAUAAAUAAGAGACUCAAAAGAAAGGAGCUGACAAACCCAGGAAAUACUGUCAUGACAUCUUAAUGGGGAAAAACUGGAGGUAAGAUUAAAUGUUAAACUUAAGAUAGGGGGGAAAAAGUCAUAAGAUCGAGGUUUAUAAAUAUGAGAAUUCAGUAAAAGAGUUAAGAUAAUAAAGUUGAAUAAAUUAUGUUAGAUACUAAAAAAUUAAGUCUAUGAAUAAAUAACAAAAAGAAAUUUAGAAUAGUAAAAUAGACAACAUAUGAGUUAUUGAAACAGACUGAAAACACUGAAUAAGUCACUAAGUUGAGCAGUUUUAGAUAAGAAAUAAAACAUUUAGUUAAAAGCAAGAAUGAAAAGGUAGACUUUAAGUUUGCUUCUAAAAUAUGAAUACUCUGUGCAGUCCUCAGGUCUUCUUCUGGUGGGCCAUUUUACAGACAUCGGUCAAAUCAUAUAGAGCUGCCCCAUUUGUAGGGCUUAGUUUUGGUUUUUGGCACCAUUAGAAGACCACUACCAAAAGACCUAAGGGCUCUCACUGUCUCAUGAUCCAAAAAGCAAACUGACCAUUAAGGAGCUUUAGAAACCAAUAAAGGAAACUUAAAUCAAAUUUAAAAGAUGCUGGUGCGAAUGCUGUAGGCUGGAUGAAGCUGCAAAACGUGCUUUUAGGGAGGCCAGAAAGAAGAGUGCUGAAGUACUCAGGCUGCCUCCUUAUCCCAUUUUCUUCUCCAAGAUUCCUCCUCCUUAUCCCAUCCUCCUCAGCCGAUCUACUCCACUAUUUUUCCUUACAUGUGAUUCCCACUAUCUUUUUUUCCCCCAGCUUUGCAGUUUGUUCCCGUUAACAGCCCUAGUAGGAGAGGAAUGUGCGACACAGGCUUGGGUCUAGGGGGCCGCAGCUGCCCAAUAACACCCAGAUUUAUCAACCUCCUCCAGCCAGCCUGCAUGGAGAUGCUGUUUUGCUCGCUUGCUUUGGUUGUUACUUACAGCCGACGAGGCAGGUUGUUUGUAUUUCUGGCUGUGCGUCCUUAGGAUGUGUCGAGCGUAUGAAAUGGCUCCCUUCACAAUGUAUCUGGUUUUCUCUGCAGGAGCUGAAGCCUGCCUGUGUAUCUAUCAAGCCUUUCUCCCUCUGCCAGGAUAAAUUACUGACAUAAGGAAUGAAAGGAUGACUGGUGAUCCCUUCCCCAAGUUUGUAGUGAGAAAUCUCCACAACUCCUUGAUAACAGGAGAUGAAGCCUUUGUUUUCCCCUUUGUUUUGGUGCAUUUAUCCUUCAUAUCUCUGUUGCUCAUUUCUUUUCGCUGUAUUCUCACAUCUUCGAUCUCUGUCCCUCUGUUCGUACACCAUGUCCACUUCCAGAUGGAGACCAGAUAUAUUCAUAGAUCAAAAUGAAAAAAAGAAAAAGAAAAACUCGACAAGCCAAUAUCAAUGAGGUAAAUUCUGUAUCUAAAUAUUUCUCUCCCUCUCUAUUUCCUUCAUCCAUCCCUCUCCCUACCUCUCUUCCUGCUUCUAGUCCAGUACCAGAUGGAGAUGAUGCGUUCCCUGCGUCACGUCAACAUUGACCAUCUGCAUGUGGGCUGGUACCAGUCCACCUACUAUGGCUCCUUUGUCAGCAGAGCUCUCCUCGACUCCCAGUUCAGCUACCAGCACGCCAUUGAGGAGUCAGUCGUUCUCAUCUACGGUAGGAGGACCCACACAAACUACUGGAGAAUAGCUGUGCUUAGGAAUUUACUUUUGUUUUAUUUCACUCAUCCUUAAAUUUGGAUCAGAAGUUCUUAGACAGACUCUAUUAAAAUAAGUUUUCAAGAAUAUGGUUUCCCCUUUUUUAUAAGCUGAAACCAUUGCAUUGUCUUGCACAAGUUUCCACCCCUGUUGGACAUUUUACAGUUUUAGGAAUUUGAAUUAUCCAGGAUUUAUUUUGGCCUUUUUGAGUAUCAAACAAGAACACUUCAAAAGCAGACACAUGUUGGAUAUGAAAAUUAACCUUAAAGCAAGUGGUUGCACGAAAUCCUGGUCUGUAUUGUAUUGAGGUUUGAAUACCUUGUACUAUUAGCCUAUCUGAUGAUAUCACAGAAAACUCUCUUGAAGCCCAUUUGAAUACAACUCUAAUUUGUAACAUGACGACAUAAUGGAUAAAUCCGAAAACUAAGGCAAAGCACUGCAUGCUGAAAACAAAUUUAUUAAUUGAUUAUUGGACAAUACAUAAAUAAAUGGAUGUAUGUCAUACCCAGCCACUCUUUUUAUUCGUUGAUGUAAUAUUGAGUCCAUAUUUUGGAAACGAGUGAAGUACCAAAGUUCAGAUUUACUGUAAGGUGAAAAAAAAAAUCCUUUUCCUUCUCAUUAGUAUUCUCUUUAAAACUAAAACCUUUGCCUGUAAGAUAUGCUUAAAUAGUCAUGAUGGGUUCAGCUGUCGGUCAGUACAUCUAAUGGUCUGUUGGGCAGGUCCCGUUUUUACAGUCUCCAUCUCUAACACAGAAAGCUUUAUUGGCAAAGCUGUAAAAGAGCAAAGAGGUCUGAUCUGCCUCUUUAUUGUCACCUGCCACACAACCAGUCAUUCUGAUGGCCACUAGUGUUUAAGGCUUUUGCCGGUAAGAAACAGUUUUAAGCAAAGUGAUAUACACAGUAGCUCCACAGAAAAUACAAACCAGUUCAGUCUUUUGUAACAAAACCCCUUCAAUCACAAAGGCAAGGUUCAAUGAAGCAGGUCAGCUUUUGAUUCACUUUGUGGGGUACUAAAAUGGGGCUGAGCUGCCGCAGCCAUUUGUAGUUGAUGCUAAUGUAAAUAAUGAUCAAAGGAUCCCAAGUUAAAUUUAGUUUCUUUUGUUCAAAAGCUUUCUGAAAAUAGGGCUGCCUCAUGGUAGGUUUAAAAUAUCCUGACGUGACUGACAUGUAAAGUCUUUGUGAAAAACUGAUGUUCCAGGUUUUCCAAAAGAUUAUUUCAGGUUAGAGAAUGCUGAUAAACAAGCGAUUGCUUUUAAGGUAAAUCUUACUAGCCGUUGCCCUCACAUUACAUCUAAAGUCAACCCUUAGAGACUAAAAAAGAAAAUGUUAAGGUUUACUGUUAGUGCAGAAUUGCUUCAAAUGCUAUUUUCUGCUGGUGUUUUAUCAAAGGAGCACCAGUACAGGUUGGAUGGAGACCUACAAAUAACUACCCGAUUCAAACACCUCAUAAACCUGUGGUGUUGUCCUUCAAGUAAUUCAUCAAUGGCAGCUGAAGAAGUCACCAUGUGACGUCUUGUCUCAUGGAGGUGCAGCACAUGUCUGUCUGCAGCAAAUGAAAGGACAUCAGUGUAGGAGGCUGUGACAUUCAGCAAACAGGCAAGAUCCACAGGAUUAACAAGGACGCUUGAUGCCACUAACAUGACACUUGCAGACGUCAUGUGUAUGCACCUGCCGCACAGUGAAAACCUUUAAGAGCUGUCCAUAAUUUCCACACCACAAAUGCCAUCCCAGAUGGUGUAAGCUUUCUUUCAGAUGACAGGAAAUUAAUGCCUGCCACUUUCAUACAGCAUGCAUUUAACUCCUCUGUGUCUCAGUAAAUUAUGAUUCAUUACUACAACUCGCCUCAAAGGAGUCAUUGAGUUCAGGGGCGGUAAUUAAAUAUAUUACACAAAUAUGUGCUCAUUUAAAUACAUGACAAAAGUAAUGUGGUUUUUACAACACCAGAUCUAUUGUUGUACAUAAAUAGCUGGUUUGGGACUUCUAUAAGCUAUGACACAAUUCAAUAUAGGCAAAAUUCCCAAAUAGCUUAAAGGCUCCUUUUUUUUUAGUCUGUCAGUGUAACACGUGUUAUUAUUGUUUUAGCAGAUUCUACAAAAAAAUUAGGAACUCUUGGCUGGGCCCUGGAUUUCAGUAUGGAAAGUGUCCAUGCUUCUGUUUGUAGUGUAUUUGACCUAGUAUCCUAGUAUAGACUAAUCACGCAUCAGCAGCCUUUGAUGUAUACAGGAAAGUCACUUAAAACAGGACAAAGAGAGUAUUGAUUGCAAAAGUAGGUGGAAUACAAUUGUCUAUGAUGACGUCUUGGCCCUCCGUCACAGAAUCUGAUGGUGGUUUAUUCGCCACUCAAAACAAAUAUCUGCACGCAAUUGUAGCUGACAAUCUGGAGCGGGGAUAAUACCGCUGUAAUUGGUGAGCAAGAUUGAAGCCUUUGUGCAACUUUUGGGGAUGACUGGAGCCAAGAAAUAAUUUGCAGUCAGACAGUUUCUGGAGGGACAAAUUUUGCUUGUGGUCUGAGCACACAGCCCAGUCUCUCCAUAUGUUGCUAAUUGGAGUGUAAACAAUGUAGUUUAUUGAAAAGGAGGUCUUGACCAGAAGUCAUUAAAUGCUGACCCCUGACUACUCUGGCAUGCCCAAAAAGCUAGUUAUGAAAUCAAGAGGCAAACAUUGUUGCCUGACGAUUACCAACGAGAUCUGAGAUUGUGUACCUCUGUGCAGACUAAAUCUUUUCGUUUUAUGAAGUGAAAAGAAGAAUUGCGCACAGCCAGGGUGACUCACAGUCUUCUAUUAAAACAGCUCCGUGUUUAUCCACUCACUUCAAGUCAAGACAGAGCCGGCAAGCCAAAGUGUCAUUUGACAAACUGAUGGAAGAAGCUGGGAAUUUCAUCAAUGUUUCCCCAGGCUCUGUUCUUUAUCUCUUUCAGGGUUGUCAUGUUCCCAGAUCGUACAAAUCCAUGACAGACAAAGAUUAAUUUUAACCAGCUGAAGUAUGAACCCCUCAAUCUAGUCCUGCCAUCCAGCCCACCACUGAGGCAGGAAGUCAGUCAGCCCGCUCUUUCUCAUUCUAAACGAGCUCUCCUGUUAAUGUCAGUCAAUAAUGCAGCGCUUAAUGGAUCAAAGCACCUCAAAGGAAUUGACAUUAUCUCUGUUUAAAGUCAAAGGGAAAGAAAAUUGAUUUGGUUUUUGUUCCCCUCGUCAUUAGCUCAUUGGUCGUUUUAAUGCCAAGGGACUAAUCAGUCAAGUGACCAACUGGCGAGUUAAUAGCUUCCGUCCAAUGACAGGUUGGAAUUGGAAGAGGUUGUUAAACCAAUUGGCUAAAAAUGUUUGUCUUAGACACACUUUUCUCAUAAAAAGUGAACGGUUAGAGCAUUAAGGCUGGAUGGACAGGAGCAGAAAAAACCUGCAACAGCUUUCAGCUGUUCAGCUGUCUAACCGUUGAACAUUGAGUUCAACGGUUAGACUAUUAAACAUCGUUACAGGAAAGCCGCAAAUGUGUUUUUCUGACUCAGUGUAUGAAGCUUUCGUGUCCUCAUUAACCCUGGAGUCAAACUUCAGAUAUGACCCAUAUUUGAUGAAAAACAGCAGGCUUAUUUUGUAAUGUACUGGAGUACUUUAUUGAUCUGGUUUGGUUAUUAAUUCUGUAACUGUACGCUCACAUCCUCUUCAUUAGCUUUAUGACCUGAUUUUUUCUAUUUCCCUUUUUCAAUUCCUAAUAUUAAAGACAAAACUGAAACAAGCCCCCUCUCUCUUCUCCAUUUGGCAUCAGUCUUGAUUAAUACAAAAUAAUAGAAUAAAACAAACCCAAAAGAUCUGCUCUUCCUGUGUGGAAAGACCCCCUUCUCAAAUUAAAACUUUCCAUCAUACUAGACCAUGCAAGAUUUUAAUUUAGUCACCGAGCUUCCUGCAGCUAUGAGAGAGCUGUCUUAAUCAAAUGUGGCUGUCACCAUCUAGUCUCGGUGGUGAUCGGCCAGCAUGAAUUGAGAUUGGCUGUGCCUUGUUUGAGAUCGGCUGUGCUCUGGGCAAAUGGCUUUUCACAGUUGGCUUUUGGAAAGUGAAUAAGUCACACUAAGAUUUUGGUAGACUGCAGUUUGCUGGCUGUCAGCCUAUCCAGCCUGAGCCAGUAAAACUCUGUUUCUUUUUUUCUUCUUUUUAGUAAGCAGCAUAAACAGGGAAGCAGGAAGUGAAAUAGAAUUUGACAGAGUUAUUCCUCAGAGUCCGUCUAGAUGCUCUUAUGUUUUCAACCUAUUUAAAAGUGUAACUCUACCCUUCAGUUUGUUAAAUUGAUUUAUUAUAUUAGAACCUCAGCUGUGGCUUCUUGCAUUAGACCCACGAUUCACUCCUCGGUUCCAUCCCUUCCUUCUCAGAUUUCUGGGCAUGCACAGGCUUUCCAUGCCCUUACAGGGAUACAGUAUCAUUAGGGAUAAUUGACAAAAAUCAACAGAACAGGACACAUGGUAGGAGCUUAUCAUUUUAGGAUUUAAUUGGUAGCUCCUCUCCAGCUACAAUAUUUUAAGAAAAAUAGGCAAUGUGGAUUUUUUUUGUUUAAUACUGCAGUAAAAAUCUGCAAUAUGUGUGAUACACAGGGUUCCCGUGCUCUUUUAAAAAGUAUCCAAAAAGGUCUUAAAAUAUGUAGUUUGAGACCUUUAUGUAAUGUAAGAGUUGGGUAAUAUUACUGAUGGGUUGUAAUUGAGUGCCAAACUGGAUGUUAUCAUCCUGCAGCUGCAUCUGAACCUGAAUCUCAAUACAAAUCAGGGAAAUAAAGGUCAUAAAGUGUCUUAAAUCUACCAAUGCUGAACCAAAAGCUGACAGAAAAACUGUCAUGAAGGGUCCAAACAUUUCUGCGACGAACUACAGAAGACAGUUGUACUGCCAAGGUCUGUAAAUGUCAAAUCAUGACCUCCACCCAGGAAGUUUUAGGCUGAUGACUUAGUUUCGAAUCAUCCCGUGUGAUGCCUCCCAGCUUAUUGCCAUGGGUUUUGCUCAUAUCAGCAUCAAGACUGGACUCAGUAGAUGUGUGAGAAUUACAGAUAGACCCGAUGAAGCACAACAAUAGACCUAAUAGUUAAGCUGUUACGAGAAGAGCAGUGUGGCUGCGCCGAAGUGCAGAUUGCUGACAGUUGUGACCUUCACAGAUACACAACAUGCUUACAAACAGCUUCAUAGAGUCUUUAGAAUUGUAGUUACUUACAAAUAGUUUUGAUGUAGUGGGGGUCUUCACUUUUAUCUGUUGAGGUCAAAUUCAAAAAGCAUUGAAUUUCAGUUUAAAGUGGUGCAAUAGGUGAUUAAAUUCUCUGUCAUUGUUUCUGUGAUUGUCUUUUGCUUCUCGUUCUGUACAUGUCAACGACAUUAUGUUCAUGAGCCUUUAAGAACCUUCAAACAUUAUCCUGUAACUGAAUUGCCACCAAAUUUUCCAAGGGUAGCUAAAAAGCAGCUCAAGCUUCUCCUAAUCUGUUAUGCCUAGACCCCCCACUAAUGGAUAGAAAUACAUGCAUACUGAGUAAGAAAGCAUUGUGUGUUUGAAGAAUCAUCUAAGAAAUUCAGACUUUUGCUGUGAUUUUAUUGCAGAUGCUCUUAUUUUGAUAACUAACCGAGUGUUGUGUAGGAACUCCACUACGCCAGGCAUUGUGUCUAUUUUUAUCAUUAUGUGUUAGAAGUAUUACAGUGGUCAUCUGAAGCAGUCAACCAUGAGUUGGAAAUAAAAACAGUCUGAGUUUUCUUGAGCAGGGCACUGGAUCCCACACAUCUUCAGCAGAACCUCAGAAAUGUCUUUGAUUAGGUGUUACAGGGGCAAGAUCUUCUUAUAUGUUUUAUAAUAUAUGAUAAAAAGGAUAUCAACCAUGUAAGAUAAACAAUAAAACAAAGUGAUUGAAAUGAGUUUUUUCAGUUUUUGUAAACUGGAUAGUUUUGUUUUUGUUUAAAGAUUUCGUGUACUCAAUGUGUGAUAUCUUCUUUUUAACAACCAUAUUUCAUUUCUUCCUUCUUUCUCUCUCUCUCUUUUUUUCCAUUGUAGACCCCAUAAAGACAGCCCAAGGCUCCCUGUCCCUGAAGGCUUACAGGCUUACCCCUAAACUCAUGGAGAUCUGCAAGGAGAAGGAUUUCACACCUGAGGGGUGAGCAGCUCAGACCACGAAACACAAAAUUGAAACUCUGCGUGGAUAAAUGUCAAAAUGAUGUCUACAAGGCUUUGGUUCGGGGUGUAACUUUGUACUUUAAUUUAUGCAUACACACUUUACAGACACAAACAGGCUCACAUUGCUCGCAGGAACACAGAAUUAAGUUUUUAGCCUUUUUGCUCUUUCGGAUCCACUUAUUCAAUGGAUGCAAAUAUUGGCUGCUGUGUCCACAGGGGAGCCAUUUAGCUGCAGUUGGAGAUUGAUGCUGAUGCUGAUGAUUUAUCUGCCCGCCCUUGCCCAACAAACAAAUGCACCAUGUUUACACUUUUCCUGACCCCAAGGCUUAUUGUAAUUGCUUUUAAAUUGCAGCUAAAAAUGAAUGUAAUGAGGAGGCCAUUUUCCAGGCAGUUCAGUUUAGUCCAAGUGCACAGUCUCAUACGUGCAUAAACACAUGCAACUGUGUGACUGUGUAAACACCGAGGAAACAGGGUUAUGAAAAAGUCCCAGCAGUUUCAAAUUGCCAUCCAGUCAGAACAUUUAGAUAUGCAUUUUUAAAUCCACUAAAAGCGAGUUGAUCAGGAGGGAUAAAGGACAAAUUAACUGCAUCAAUUCAUUUUUCUCUCUUUUACCUCUAUACUCUAUUCUCCACCUGUGUGUCUCUACUUCCAGCCACUCAGUUAUUGACCCAGUGUGCCUGGCCCAGAGUCAGGAACCUUCUCAUUUCUGCAGCUUUUCAUUAGUUCCUAUGAUUUAUUACGGCUCCAAUCUGUAGCUAUCACUGUUCCCAAUAAACCUGUGAUUGAAAGAGGGCAGCUCCAGGCAGGAAAGGACAAUAUCACCACAUAACAACAAUCUUGUCCCCAUCCUUUUAUUUCCAGGUUAGAAUCUGAAUAUUAAUAAUAGGUCCUCUUUUUCCUCCUAAAGACACAAAAACUUCAAAAGCGUUUUGUUUCUGCCCCCUCUCCACAAUGUGCAGAAAAAGCAAUCUCUUUCAUGUUGGUAUAUUUGAUGUUAAGCUUGCAUAUAUUGUGCAUCUCUCUGAAAUGAAAGGCAGGCGUAGACGAGCGCUGAAUAGACCCGUCCCUUUGAACUGUCCUCCAAGUCUGCUGUGCGAACGGAGGCAGUGGUCAAUAGCCUCUACUUCAGCACACAAUAUGAAGCACCAAAUUAGUCGGCCCGUGGAGUCAACCUUUUGGUUCUGUCCAGUGGGGGCCAUGCUUGGAAAGAGCAUGGCAUUAAGUGUGCCAAAGUCCAGUUGGGUCGGAGCAAUUUGUCCCGCCUAGAAAUGUGCUGGACUUCUACUUCCUCGUAGGCGACUUCUUUGGGUGGUCCUGCAGGCAUUUGGAAAGGUCAUAAUCUCCGAAAAAUAUUUGAAAGUGCUGCAGAUGGAUAAUCGUGCCAAUAUGUAUGACAAACUGUAUUUGUAUUAUUAUAGAUUUCCCCUAUAGGCUGCAGUGCUCCAUACUGAUUCUUGUUCUGCUGCUGCAGCUGUGUCCACUUCACUUGCUUUAGAGUUGCCGCUAAAGUUUGCCGAAGGUGACACUGUACGUUGAAUUUUGAUACGCCUCUGCCAGUCAGAUGAUGUCUCAAGCCUUUAUCCAUCACUCAGACAUGCAUUAUAUAAACAUCUCUGUUUUCUGGUACAGCGCACACAGUGAAUUAAUGCGGAGGGCUUAUUGAUCCCAUAACAGACAAGACACCUCUAACAAGCUUACAUUAGACAUACAGACAUUAGUUUGUAGCUGUGUCAUGCACCGUGCACAAGUGACAGGCUGAACCAAGGCAGUCAGUCAAUGCUAUUGGAUUUAUGUGAGACAUUAAGCAAAGUUUGAAGUUCCAUUUUGUGUUAACAGGCCCAUGUCAGAGAAAAAGAGAGAGAGAGAGAGAGAUGAGGCUUUAACCCUGGGGAACGAGAAGAGGUGUUUUAAGAUUGGGCGAUGCUCUGCGUACUUUUCAGCAGAGCACAUGAGAAAACUCAUUUAAACCACAGACUCUGGCAGCGCUCAGGUUUGGCGAUAUGGAUAUCUGAUUGUAUCACACGCUGUCAGUUAUUGACUGCAACAUAAAUACCUUUAUUAUCAUUUUUCCUUUUUUUAUCGCUGUGAUGCAAAUACAGGCCUUAAGGUAAACGUAAACUUCUCAGUGUACAGUUAUUCUGAGAAGAACCAACAAAUAAAAUAUGCAAAUAUUAAUGAUUAAGGGAUGUUUACCUGGAACAAGCAAUUUUUUAAAGUUACAUCUGUAUAUAAAGACUAGGCUUUCUUUUUGCAGCCGGCUCAUUUCCAUUACUGAGUCCUAUUAAUUUUAAUGUUCUGGUACAAAUUUAAUUUAUAUACCGAAAGAUGAAAGCUGUCGCCUUUUUGUCUCAUGAAGAAAAUGAUUAAAGCUUGAUUACCUUUAGUCAAAAGCGUCAGUAUGAAAUUUGUUAAUGGAAAGCUGUUUAAGUCUUUGUUUCUCCAGAAACAAAGAGGGAUGUCAGCUUUUCAGAAUAUGCUUUUAAAAAUUGUCAUAAAUUAAUUGUCAUACCAUAAUGGGAAUGUAAAAGUUUUUUUUUUUUAAUUCUAAAGUAAAUAAAAACAACUCUGUACAUUUUAUUGAUUUGUACUCUGAUGAGUCACACUGUAUGGGAUGCAUCCUUUCCCCCCCCCCCCCUUUUUUUUCACUUUGUCUUGACUGUUGCCAGGAAAGUUCAGAAAAUGGUUAUGAGCAGGUAGUGGUAAAAAAUGGUUCCUGAAAGAGGCCCAGAUAUUGCAGCUUUAUAUAACAUUGUUAGUCUGUCUGUGUUCCACACUGAAGAUAAAUUGUAACCUUAUUUCUCUCCCUCUGCUUUUGUCCCUCUCUUCCUGUCCUUCACUCUUCAGUUUGAAGAAGGCCAACAUCGGCUUCGAGCAUAUGUUUGAGGAGGUGCCCAUUGUCAUCAGGAACUCGCACCUUAUCAACGCACUGAUGUGGGAUCUUGAGGACAAGUCCACGGUCGCAGACAAGCACGAACUGCUCAACCUCUCCAGCAGGUCAGGGGUGACAUCAAGUAGACAUUUGCAAGAAGGUCUAAAGUCAGACACCUUUUGUAUAAAUAUGCUUUUCAGCCAGUCUUACCGCAAGUGCUAUCUUGAGCUGCUAUUUCCAACACAUUUCUCUCAGGGGACUAACAUUUAUAGGAUGUUUCUGGGUGUGUUGUGAGCCAUUCUGUGGAUUUAUCAACACCCCUGUCCCUAAUAAAAAUCUUGACCUUCAAUCUGGCUGUAAAUUUUCCAAUCGUAGAACUGACAUUGAGGGAUCUUGUUGGGUGAUUGAAACAGAUUUAAUGGCUGUAGAUACUCAGGUUUGAUUUAGAUUCUCUCCCUGUUUUUUGUAUGUGAGCAGAGUUUUCUGCCAAAUGAAAAUCUUACUUUUCAGUUUAUUUUGGAGUUUAACAAUCUUUUAUUGCACUUUGAGAAACCUCUUUGAGAUCACACUGUUUGGGGGCUUUUUUCAGUCUAUGGACACGGUAACAUUACAGCCUCCUCUAUUUUUAGUUCACCGCCUGCAUCACUGUGUUUUUGUUAGCACAUGAGCAAGCGCUAACAUGGGAGAAUGAAAUCAAUGAAAAACACUGUGUAUUGAUGGAUAUUUCAUCAUCACAAACAACCCAAAUCAGGGAACAGGUGUCACUUUAAUUACAUUCAUCUGUGCAUGGUUUCCAUGGGUCUAUGCAUAGAUAUUUAUUGAAGAAUAGCGUCAUCCUAAAAGUGUCAGGCAAUCUUUAAAGCCAUGUCAUGGUAUCUCUUUGAACCUGCAGGCUGCCUUCACAGACAUGAGUAAAAGCUUUUUGAAAAUUGAAAUUGAGCUGACGUUGAAGAACUCCUGGGCAUUAGAGUGUGUCUGAAGUGCGCAGGAUUGGUUGAAAGACUAAGCACUAUUGAUGUUUUUUGUCCCAUGUACAGCCACCAUACAAGGGUUUAGUGCUAUACAAACACUUAUUGAAAGAGCAGCUUGGAUUUUAUCUUUUUAUUAGUGACAAAAAAAACCCAUAAAACAUGAAACCCAACUAUUUCCUUUUAGCAAUAUUCCUACAACAAGUACAGCUUGUGUAGCCAAAGCUCACACUUCUCUGCCAUUAUCUACCCAAACAAAUAAAAGAACUCAUAAAGGCCAUUUUACUGGGUGACAUAUUCCCUUAUUGUAAUGCUCACAGCUGCUACCCUGUGCUGAGAAGCAACAACACCAUCCACUAAUAACAGCAGCUGCAUUUUUGAUCAGUGGAAGACCAGUACUCGCAGAGGCUGCUCUGUGUUUGACCUGCUCUUUUAGAUUGCAUUACCAUCUAUUGUGAGCUGCAGAAACUAUCAUUAAACCGUGCAACUGCCGGGUCAGACUCGGCUCAAUUCACAAGGUUGAAUAUGCACUUGACACCACCAAUGAAAGAAGCGUAUGAUUUGGAGGACCUGCAGUGUUGUGAAAGGAUAGUGUCUUGAGGAAAUGUGCAACAAUAAGCUGAAUAUUUUUGAUGGUAAUACAAAGAUUCUUCACCCAGUGCAUUGCUUAAGCUCUGAUACGGGGUAAUUAUGGUUCUUUAGGGGAUCAUUUGCUUUAGUUAAACACAGGCAUCAGCUCUAUGACAACAGAAGAAACUUUGUUUCGUACUUUUGUUUUUGUAGAUGUUUUUGCUGGUAAUGCAAAAACAGAAAGAGUCACUUAAACCUGGUCCUAUAAGACUUAUUUUAAUCUCCCAGGGCAGCAGGGUGAUGGAAACAGCAUCAGAGCAUCUCAAAAUGUGAAACACAAUCUUUUUUUCCAUAUAGAACAAACCUAAAAAAAUAACCUUAUUUUGUUUGGAUCAGAACCUUAACCAACCUCAAAUAGGUCUGUAUUAUUAUGAUAUAGUUUGUAUUUCUCACUUUUGACACCUCUAAACAUCUCGUCAGUGCUCCUUUUGGGAUAAAAUCAAAUGUUUGAUGGGGUUAUUCAGUCCAAAACUUGAUGUGGGAAAUGCCACAUCCAAAUGUCAAAAACAAUUUAUUCAGAAAGGUCUGGAAAAAAAACAAACACAAAAAUUCCCUCAAAACUUUGUUUUCCAUCACUAAUGAGCACAAUAUGAACAAAUACCACGCCAGCCUUUCAGCUCACAGCCUGGCACUUUAAGUCUCGUGUUUGGAUCUCUGAGGCGCUCAGCAUCAGUCUCAGGAGAAUUUAUCAGCAAUCAUUUAUGGAGAUAAACCGCUGCAAGUGGAGCAACAGCUGUGAAGCUUCCCAGGGGCAGGUGUGAGAAAUUAGUACAAUAACGACUCAAAGUGUUGAUUUACACACUGCUAGUACGAAAAAAACACACUGUGCUCACUUCCACACAUCGGUGUAGCGUAUCAAGAGAUAUUGUAAGUCCUCUCGUCUGUGUCCUGAAACAGCCACACAAGUAACCAAGUCAUGAAUUUAACAAAGACUCCUGAUAUACACAGAGCUCAUAGAAAGAACGUGUGUGGUUGACCAAGCCUGGCGCCAGUCAUUUGUUAGAAAUCGUCAAAUAGACUGAAGGAGAAUACCUCACUCUUCUUGCAUAUUGUUCCAUUUUCCAAAUGACUACCCUGAUGUUGAAACUUAGCGUUUGAUAUGACCCAAAAUGGAGCAGAAGCAGCCCGGCCCUCCCUCCCCAAAAGGUUCCCCAGCAUGACCGCCGAUGGGAUGUCAGAUGAGAUGAAAUUGUUUCCCUGUAUUGGUUUGCGACGUCUGUCUCUUCACAUCUUCCCCUGACAGCCCCACCUUCCUUUACUCAUUUCCACCCUUUCAAAAAAAAAAAGAUAAUGAUAAUGGGUUUUAUUUAAUGUUUUUCUUUUUGUCUCAUUUUCCAAUCUACACCCCCAUUUGUCAAUGUCAUAGAUGUCCAAGGCUGAGUGAAUGCAGUCUCACUCCAGCAAACAGGGUUUUUGUUACCACAGAUGAUGAUGUUGAUCGUGGUGAUGGAUUGCAUGAAUGUAGAUUCAUUUAUAUAACCCCUUUCCCCCUGAACAGCCGAAAAAUGCCUCUCUUCUUGCAAUGUUAUUAAAAAGCAGCGUGUUAUGUCGGGUCACAAAGCUUUUCACGAAUGGUUUGUGGUCUGGACCUGUCUAAGAAUAUCCCCAGCGUGGAGUGGCUUACAUUUCUCAUUAUGAACCAUCCUAUAAACCUCAUAUUUACUUUUUGUUCUGCGCGAAUGAGCGGCUCUUCUGUCCAUUACCUCCAGUCUGAUUAGUGUAAUUGGCCUCCUGCACAAAAAUGUCUGACAGAGUAAGGAUAUGUAAACAUAACUUUAUGCUUGACAGGAGUACCAGGAUGAUAGGAAUUCAAUAAGGGAGAGAGGAACCGGUUGGAGGCAGAAAAGACAAGAAAUGUGUGGCUUUGUGAGGGGCUGCAGCUGUAGGAGGAGUGAGCCAAGUGAGGAUGGGGAGGAGAAAUAUCUGGAAAUAGGGUCACAGAGGAGGCGGUGACAGAAUUUUGCAUUAAAAAAAACUAUGAAAAAAAAUGACCCUCAACAGAAAAACUUCUCAGUGGGAUGGAACUUUUGAUCAACAGCCAAUAAUAGUUUUCUUUGAUAUAAUUCAGUGCCUUUUUGCUAGAGUGAUGGUAAUGUACCAGAAGAGAGAAAUUAGAGAUUUAACACAAAAUGACUGGGCUGUAAGAUAUUCAGUCACAUAAAGCACAGAAAUGUCCGCCAAAAGUUUUAUUCAUACUUUUUAUUCAAUAUUUCCUCAGAGAUAAUAUCGUGCAUUUUUGCAGGGACACUCUCAGAUUAAGGCUCUUUCAUGACCUCUUAAAACAUAUUAUUCGGCUGGAGAAAAAAGCCACAGAGCCCCGUAUAACGCCCUCCUCCAUCAGUAAAAAAAAAAUAGCUCCGCCAGAGUAAAACACUCAUUACAAGAAUUGAAGUCACUUCUGUGACAGCUUUGUUAAACAACCACCCUGUGAACUUUCAAUUUACUGAAUGUCAGCCCAUUUUUGCUCCCACAUCAAUACAGUUUUAGAGUCUGUCCUCCAUCGUCCUGUGUGAACACAAACACACACAGAUGCAAGCACACAGACUUACUGUAUACGCUGCUGUUCAAUCCAACCUUGAAACAGAAUCAGUGAUGACAGGAAAUCCCUCGCUGUACUUGGAUUCCUGAGUCUGGAUUGAUUGAAAAGUCUGAAUAAUUUAACCCUUUCUUGUUUAAGAUCACACACUAUGCAGUGUAGGUUGCAUAAUUCAGCAUGGAAAUUUUAUUUCUAUGCUCAACCGAUGUGUAACAUUAUCUUUUAAGAUCACGCAAGAUAAGCGUUCUUGAUCUCCCAUAGGGGGAAUUCAGUUGCUUUAGCAGCUCACAGAAAAAGAAAUGAAAUCAAGCCAACAAAAGAUAUAUAAAGUCAAACACAGGGUGAGAAGGAUAACACAGAAAUACAACUAAUAGUGGUAAGAAUCAAACACACUCCGAGCAACAUUAUACAUUCUGUGCCAGGGGUGAGAAUCACCAAAUAACCCACAGAAUCAAUAAUAGCACGUUUACAGAGAUAAUUGAAAGAGUGUGAGGCAAUCAUAUAUCAUAUCAUCAUGAUAUCAAUAAACAGAGUCCCCUGAAAAAGCAAAAAGCAGCAGUUACGUUUAGACUCACUGCAUCCAGAUCUGGUUUUGCUGAGAUGAAACAAUAUUUAUGUUAUUAGUCUGUUUUGAAUGACAUUUUCUGAACCAAUUAGAGUACAAAAGAACAGAUUUAUGGGGAGCGCAGAUAGCCUUGUGGGUUGUAUGUCAUCACCUUCCUCUCUCCCACGUUUCCGGUUUCUCUCCUGCCUUAUCAUUAAAGACAAAAAAUACCCAACAAAUAAAAAAAGAUCAUAUUUCUCUAAAUGAAGCACAUCAUAAAAUAGAUUCAUUUUUUUGUGUUUGGAAGAUAUUAACCAACUUUUUGUUCCCAUCUGUUUUCUUUUUCCACUCACACUUUGAAACAGAAGAAAUGAGUUCACAUGUUAACCUGUAUAAUUGACCUUUAACAGCUACAGUCCUUUUCCCUUAUAGAACAGUGUGGUCUUUUACAACAGUGUCCAUCCCUCUGUAGCUGUUCGUCAAACUUCUGUCAUAUGAACACAGGUGUAUGUCUUGUGCAUCAGGCGAGUCAUAGCACAAAGGAAAGCAUCUUUUACUCAGUGUCAUUAAAAUGGGCAGUAAUUAUUAAGUCAGAUUGGAUAAACAUGACUUCCACCCAUCACAGGGGGUGAACCUUUUCCACAGACUAGAGGGCAUCCUCCGUCUUUGCUCUUAUCUCAGCAUAAAGAGCCUGUCAAGUUCGUUUUUUUUAGCUCCUUCUCACUGCGGUAUCCCGCUGUCUUCUCCUGCUAUCAUGCAGCUCUUGACCUCUUCCUCAGCUAAUUAACUGUUCUUGACCUACCCUCCUUAAUGUCAUUAGUGCCACUGUGUGGAGUCAUGAUGCUGUAUGUCAAACUAGCAAAUCUGUUUGCAGCUCUGUAUUUUUUUCUAUGAAGAUGUUUAUCAGGUGUAAUCCCCAACAGGGAUGUAUGGGUAUUGGCAAUAUCUUAGUAUUGCAAGAGUAGAAGUGUCUUGAUACCAUGGGGGAUCUGUGAUGGUAUGAAAUGUUGGAUCUUGCAGGCAGAGUGCAGGUUUGUUUGAGCUGCAGCAGAUUAGUGCAGAGGGAAGUAGGAACACAGAAUAGAGACCACUGAUCCAUGCAUGUCCAUCUUUCUUUGCACUCUGCUUGCUACCUCAGAUGUAGUCGAGUUAAAAUAGUGCACACUGCCGUCAGUGGCCAGAUGCAGAGAGAGGAUUUUGAAACUUUGGUGCACUGCUGUUUUACUGUGCCAAGAAACAAGAAAGGACAAAAGGUGAUGGAUGAGCAACAAUAAUUUGCAUCUAAGGAGGCUUGAAACUCAGUUCUGUCAAGGUCCUGGCUCCACAUUUUUAAAAUUACAAAACCAAUAAGGUUUGAACUCAUCAAUGCCAUUAGUGAAUCUCAUUGGUCCCAUCACAUUAACUCCAAUCAAGCCAUAUGCAAAUCAUAUCACUGGUCCACAAAUGUCCAUUGAUUAUCUAAUGAAGCCUCUGAAUAAUGUGUAAUUCUCAACCAACAGGUAUCAAACCACACACACAAAAAAGCUGUGGUUAGUCUCUUGUGAGGAUAGUUGAACAUGUAACAAACUUAGCUAAAUAUCUUCGGCGGUCUUUGGUCUGGAAGUCUGUCAGCGUUUGGUCGCUGCUGCUGCUACUGCUGUAAAGACACUCUUCCUUCACAGCAGCAGUAGUAAUCACACCUUAACUUUUUGGCACAUCCCAAGUGUUGAAAAUGAGAAUCUUAUGUCGACACUGCUUUAAAAUCAACAGGAAAACUACUAGAAAACGAACUAAACGACUUGGCAUAUGGUUAUGUUAAGAUUUGUUCAAUGUCUGCUCUUAGUAGGUUGUUCUUAGAGGUUUCUCAGAAAAAGAAAGGGACUUUGUGGAUCAGUGGUGGUUAGAUAAACCUUUUUAGCUGCUGGGAUCUACAGAGGGAAGACUCUAACUGAAGUCUAUAGGUGUUCCUGGAAUAACUGGGUCUUAAGCUUUCCUUAAAAGUAGAAAGGGACUCUGUGGAUCAAAUGUGGUUGGGUAACUCAUUCUGCCAUUGGGGAUUACAGAGAAGAAUAGUCAGCUCGUGACUUGGGGCCCUGUUGUGAUGGGAGCACUAGGCGCUUCUCAUUGGCAGAGUGUAGAGGCAAGAGCAAGAGUAGCCAUGCACAAGGGAGUCCAGCUUGGCAGGAGUCAUUUUUGUUGCUGUUAUAUAAGAAAGAAGUAGGAUUUCGAAUCUGAUCUGAGCUGUGACGAGAAGCCAGUGGAGAGAAUUGAACAGUGGAGUGACAAGCUGUUUUGAUUUGAUUGAAGACUAGAUGUGCUGCUGCAUCUUAGACCAACUGCGGAGGUUUGAAUGUGCGUGCAGGGAGGCCUGCAAGUAAGGAGUAGCGGUAGUCAAUGUUUGAUAUGAUCAUGAGAGCCUGAACCAGGAGCUGUGCUGGCAUGACUGAUCAAUCAUGACACUCACGAUUUGGGCAGACUUAGUGUAGGGAUAAGUAUGUUUGAUUGAAGCUGAAUAUUGAUUUGUGGUUGUACAGACGGACUGGCUGAAAAGACAAGAAGCUCAGUGUUUGACAAGUUGAGCCGUCAAAGACUGUCCUUUAUCCAGCCAGGAUUAUCACCAAGGCAAUAUGAGGAUGAGCUGUGUCAUCUGGUGGGCCUGGCAGGAAGAGCGUGGUGUCAUCUACGCAGAAGUUUUAUGAGAGUGGGCUGAAAAUGGAAGGGGACCAAGCUAUGACCCUUUAGGCACCUCUGUUGAUAAGCCAUGUGGUUUGGAUACUCAAAACGAUCUCUCUCCGAGGUAGGAUAUGAACCACUGAAGGGCAGAUCCUGACAUAUCGAAUUCAGGGAGCGUGAAGAGGAGCAUUUGGUGAUUUGCUGUGUCAGAGGUAGCAGACAGAUCCAGCAGCAAUAGAACUGAGGACUGACCAGCUGCUCUAGCCAAUUACACUGAAUCUGUUGCCAGAGGAAGAGCGGUUUUAGUGGAGUGGCCCCGCCUGAAGCCAGACUGAUUUGGAUCGAGUACAGGUUAUUGUUGUGCAUAAACUCAGAGACCUGAUCAGAGACUGUGUGUUCAAGAACCUUUGAUGGGUAAGGCAGAGUGGAAAUAGACCUGUAAUUUAAAACCCUGUGCAGGGUUGAGGGUGGGUGACCUGAGCGCUGUGACCUUCUGUUUAGGUUGAUUUAGGUGUCCAGAGUGAGACAUCUUUUGUCUAUAUUCCUGUCCACUUUUGACAGUCAUAAGUACCACUUGCAGUGUACAUUUGCUGCAGUGAAAAACAGACUGUUUCUGCAGCUUACUGUCAAUCAUCUGGUCUGACACUUAACCCCCAGUUACAUCAUUAAAAUUACAGUAAUUACAGUAUAGAAAUCUAGUCCUGUUACUGAUGGUCUUGUUUGCUUUUGUAGGUCAGAGAAAAGCAUUCAUAUUAAUUACAGUGUGUUUCAUAAGCAGCUAAAAACUCACAGGGGCUUUAAAUAAAUAAACCCUCUGUAUUCAGCAUAACUUAACACAAGCUUAACACAAGCGCUUCAAAUUUUUUGUUCAGCUGCAAUAAAAUAUCUCACUAUCCAUACUGACAACCAAACAAAACAAAAUGCAGAAUUCUCGAUCACACUCACAUGCGCAGGGACACCCACACUUGUGUUAAGUCCGGCUCAACCACUCGACACAUACAUAAACAGCAGAUGUUUUGAAGGAUCCUGCUCUGACUAAACGAUUUCCUCUGCAUAUAUUAUAAAUGCACACCACACAAAUUAGCUACCAUAUUGCUUGAUGAAAUAGUUUUAAAUGGGUUCUCGUCAGCGAGAAUCAAUUUUGACACAGCCGGAGGGACGCAGCGGGGAUGUGUUAUGGUGAGAUUUGGUCCUGGGCCAUCAGUUUUCAUGUUUGCAUCCCUGACACCACAGCGGAGGGUUGACAAACUGAUCACACUGCGGCCCUCACAGGCAAACAUGAUGGGAGUGGAAACGGCUCAGCAGUCUAAACUACGGGGGAGACAAUGAGAGCUGUGAAAAACAAUACACUCCUCACAUAUUUUUAUUCCAAAAGGUGAAACGAGUAAUGAAAUGUGACUGGGAAACCAUUCGCAAUAUUCAUCUACAUACCUUGUUUGCCUGAAAUCCUGCAAAACGAGGGCAGCAGGCGGGCAUUCAGUCUGAUUAUUUGAUCACUUAUACUAAAAUGCACCUCAUUCAGGUGUAGGGCAAAAAUGGAUGGUGUUACAGAAAGUCAAGCAUAUGAGAAUAGCUGUAUAAAUCAUCAUCAGCGGAGUUCAUACAAUUAUCUGCAUCCAUGUGGUUACAUUAGUUUUUCCUGUCUGUGCAUACAAGCUUGAGGGACUUCAUAUGCAUACACGUUUAAAUGUAAUUAAGGUGUUAUCAGCUAAGCGGGGGUUGAUGUCAGCCAAACGUUAAGGGGAGUUGAUCAUGAUGAGUGGCUCCAGGACGUGAAUAUUUUAUACAAUUUUACAUGUGUAGAUGCUUAUGCAUAUAAAUGUAGUGCUUCAGUUUGUUGUCUGGUGUGUACUCUAGCUGGAACUUUAUACUGCUAAGGCCGUGUAGGAUUUCUGUUAUUGCAUGCAAAAUAUUCAAUUCCUGCAAGUCUGGCUACAUUUGCUAUAUUUCUCAAAGGGGUAGCUUUGGUAUGGCAAAACUAAAAGUAAUGGAGGGCAACUCGUCCCUUCGCUCACUACAUUUUCCAAGUACCUUGCCCAUCACUCUGUUCUGCACUGAUCCACCUGAGGCUGAGCAAAGUAACCUGACUUUCUUACUGUGACAUAUGCACUAACAAGCAGGGGUGUGUCCAGACUUCUUUGACUGGGGUGGGCGCUGGCAUAUGUAGAGGUGGCCGUAAGUUUUCAUGCCCAUGUAAAUAGCAUUUGUGUUUGCCCCGGACAAGGCAAAUCAGUUAAGAUUUUGCAGGUUACAGUUGGCAUCUUUCACUCUGUGGCUGUUUUUUUUUUUUUUCUCUCUCUCUUUUUUUUUUUUGGUUGGUUGUGCUUCAGCGUGCUCUUUCUCUUCACACAUUUGAGCUAAUAUACUGUGAAUUGGGGAAAUACUGUCUGCUGACCAAUGUAUACAAGUUAAGCUCACAUAGAAUUAUUACUUAACAAAGUUUGCGUGACAUUUGUUUAAUGUUUAAUGGCAGUAAUAGUAGCAAAGCUUGUUGUGAUGUUUCAUCAGUUGCUGAAGAGUGUUGAGUCGUGUAGUCUCGAAUUCUUGGUUUUAAUUCUUAGCGAUCUCUCAGUCUUGCUGUCUCCUUGGCUGUUUAAUGACAGUAUUGACUAAAUGCUUAUUGGAGCUUAAGUUCAUGGACUCCCGCUAUUGGGCCAGCUAGAUGCAAGCUACAGCUUACAUACACUUCCCAUAUAAAACUUGUGCUAGCAUAAACACAGCACAGUAACUAAGUAGCUUGAUGAGCUUUCCAGCCAAUUUGGCAGUAAUGGCUAUCGUUCGCCAAACUUAGCUUUUACUGCAGCUCCACACUGUCAGGUGCUGUGGGUUGGGGCUGAACGAAAGACGUGAACAGAAUGCUGGAAGGGUGUGUUUUAAUUUAUAGACCCCAGUCUACCUCAUGUGUUGGAUAGCUAUUUCUGGAAACCGUUUUCAAUUGGGUGAGAUGUUAAUUUUUUCUGUAAACUGUACAGUUUUUGACUGGUGAAGAAACAGACUGAAACUGAAACAGAUGCUGCCUAAUGACAUUCAAAAGCAAAUUAGACCAUCAAUGACAAGCCUGAUACUGCUGAGAGGGGGCAGGUUUCAGACCAGAUGAUUGACAGCAAGCUGGAGAAGUAGCCUUUCCUGCAUUUUUUUCAGUGGCAGAAAUUCACUGUGUGAGGCAUUUCAGUGUUAUAAGAUAACAGGAUGAGGUUUUUGUUUGAAAACAUCACUUUCACACGGACAGGAUGGGAGUUUUGAGGUAUCACCUUGUCCAAAAAGGGUGCCUGAACCAACACACAGCAGAUUUAAUGUUCUCAUAGAAUAAGAUAAAUAGCAUUCUCCAUAAUUCCUUAGACCACUUAUAAUACUAUACUAAAGAGGUUCCUUUGGCCUGUUGAUGAAAAUGGUUCAUCUAUAAACACCUCUGAUGAAGGCUGCAGAGGCAAGGUAGCUGAAACUUGUCAGGUACAAAACGUUUUUUUACCUUCCUGGCACUUUUGAUACCUCUGAAAAGAAAGAUGCCAGUCACAGUAAUCAGACAUCAGGAACUUUACUGAAGACGAAACAAGUUAUAUGAUUGAUACUGUCAGUGAAGUUCACAGAGUCUUUUACACUCGUUUAUAAAGGAGGCGGACUGGAGGUGAAAAAAAAAAAAAAAGAUUUUGCUGCUGUACUGUUAAUCUCCUCUGUGGGAAUAUAAUAAUAAAAGUCCUUCAUGUCUGCAGUUUAAUUAUAUAUAUAAUCAUGUAUCAUAUAAUCAAACACCGACCUUGUGAAAGUGCUGACAGGUUGAUUUUCUGAUGGCCUGGUUUGCUUAUGUAAACGACAUUGAUGCCCCUGCACUAACGUUCGUCUUUUUUCCUAACCAGCAAAAAUCUUGUAACAAUUUUAUGAUUAAAAGAACUAAUAAUCACCCCAACCCCAUUCCCUUUAUUUCAAAAGUGAAAUUUAGGCCCUUCCAGUCUUUGUGUUUAUACAACACUGCCCAACAGAAACUAAUACUUAUGUUACAUUAGUGUGUUUUUUUUAAUGUUGGCAGAUGUUCUUUUUAUCCUGAUAUCAAAUCAGAGUACAAAGAGUCUGAACUUCAGUUCCUUUCAAGUGAAGUUGUUUUUGAUUUCAUCAGUAUGUGUUGGGGUUUCUUCAUUACAGCCAAAAGAAUCUGCCUUUUUGUAGUAUUUAAAAAUGAAUCUAGAUAAUAUCCUUCAUAUCGGAGGACUAAAGUUUUAAAUAACAAACAAAUUGGCAGAAAUGGAUGAGGUAAAUGUGUUUGCCUCGGGUCAUGGUAGUUGCAUUGGCGCUCGUCUAUACCUAAAUCUUUGUUGCUCUCCAACAAUAAACAGUUAUUGCUAGAAAAUAAGAAGCCUUUUUUCAGAUGGUUAGUGGCAAUUUUCCUCAUCUUAGACCUCAUAGAGUCUGAGAAAAUUGAGGGAGGGUAAAUUAUUUCUUGACAUGAUCAUUUUUGCUCGUAACACGAGAGAGAAUGGAGCGAGGAGAAAGAGAGUAAUAUUGAUUUGUAAAAUUACUUAUUGAGAAAUCGCACAGCAAAGUGCAAAGUGACUCAAAUCACCCCCCUCUCCCCAAAAAUUGUGUUCUCCCACAUAUAUCAACACAAACAAGGGCAUACACACACACACAAACCAGUUUCGUCAGCAAAAGAGCACGCACAGCCAAAGCAUACACAGUGCUGGCAGUCCUUGCGGGUACAAUUGUCAUUUGAAUAAACAGUCAGAAUCUGUUUUCCCACACUACACGCUGCAUUAUGUAGCUCCCAAACAGUCAUAAAUGAAAGAUUGUAAUCCCACAGAGGAGCGCACAAGAGGGAGAAGGCGUGAAGAAGAGCCCCCCAGCCUUGUCAAGGUUGAACUUAAGGCAGUAGUGAGACAUGUUGUUAAAAAUGAGGCUCAUGGGAGGAGGGGAACAGGAAGACUGGUGGAGUUGUGUGUUGUCAGCAUGGUAGCAUUGGGGGAUAAGAUGAGGGAUGUGAUUCCAGAGUGGAGAAAUGAAGCACAAGGAUAAGAGUAAAGGUCCUGAGGUCUUAGUACUGUCAGACCCCUAGAGAGAGCCUUCAUGUCAGAAAUCUCAGCAGACAAACCAGAAAACAUAUCAAAAGAGCUGCACUCAAAGAUAAGGUCAGAAUGAAUCACAAACAUAGACUGCUGAAAAAUGCGGAUGUGGAGCUUUAAGAUUGCAACUUCAGGUUUCUGAAAAGGACAUCUGAAAUCUGGAAUUGGCUUACAAAUAACUGUUUUCAUUCAUAGUGGCUGCUGCUGGUGAGAAAGGAGCACUUUUGGUUCAGUGCCAAGGGAAGGGACAUCUGUCUUGACAUUUGACACAAUGACAUUUUCAACAGGAGAUGGUUUUACAGUUAAGAUAAAAUGUGACUUCCCCCUAGAGACCCCGUCCACACACGGUUUACCAGCUCAACUGAUAACUGCUGACCGCAGAGCUUUGUGUGUAAACCUAGGAUAAAUCUUUGAGUCCCUCAUGUACUGUUUGUGGUCAUUUACUAAAAAUAGAAAUUAUAGCACAAUUUCAAUAUGAGCAUUUAUUUUCAAAACAAAAAAUAGUCUGAACUUGCCAUGAUAAAUGAGAUUUUUCUGUUUGUUUGUAAAUAUGCAAUGCUUUCUGACACAGCAUAUGCAUUUUACCUGUUGGAUAGAGGCCUGGUCAUAACAGCCAUGCAUUUCACACCAUUUUAAAGCUAGAUAUAAGCCACCUACAUAUUACUAUUGCCAACUUCUGUUUUUGUUGGAUUAGGGAGGAUCAUAUUGCAAACAGGUACUGUAGGAAACAUGAACAGCACAGUUGCUCUGGUAUGUAAGACUGAUUUUUGGGGGGCUCUCAGAGGGAAAAAGGUUUCAAACGCGUUCCUUAAUGAAGAUUUUCCACUUGGUUUGGACGUGUGAAGUUUCUCUUUAAGUGUGUAGCUCUUUCUAGUACCAUCUGUUAUCAUUGCCACCCUGCCAGCUACCCUUACAGUAGUUGAGCACAGCCUUUGGUUGGUUGGUUGUUGGUUGCUUUGACUUACAGAGAGAUCCACUGCCCAUAGCAAAUUUUUCCAGACUGUAGCCUUGAUAUCUUUUAAGAUCUUAAAAGUCUGUGCCAUUGAACAAGCACUUAAACCCCAUAACUUGUGCAUUAAUGUUUUCUUUACAUGCGUGAUUCUGACUUUCUGAGAGAGUAAAACGUUAAAAAAGGACAUCACUAAGCUUGACCUGAUUCUGAGUUUGUACAGAAACACAAUAGAAUUUUUUUCUGUGUAUUGAUGUAUAAGAUACAUCCAAUGUUUAAGGUGACAGAGAGGGGUCUUCAAAGUAUGUCUUAAACACUGUAUUUCAAGACAUAUUUCCCCACAUCAUGCGGGCCCACUAGUUUCAGGACAGUAUAGCCUUUGACGGCUGCUGGAAAGUUUCGAGAAAAUGCUUGUUAUUCUGCAAUGAAGGCUAUUUAGGUCAUGGUGUCCUUUUCCCAAGGCUACGCAUUAUUUAAACUCCCACGAGUUACCGGAGAUGAAAACAAAAUUGGAGUUCAGAGAUUGCAUUGGUGGUCAGAUUGCAUGUAGCACUUGUGCGAAGAUAUUAAUUGAUAGAGUUAGCAAAAAGGCUAAAUUGUCCACGUUUACAUUACAGUCCAUGCAACCACCCUCUUUUACUGCUGACAUGGAUUGCAUACCAAAAUAAAACACGUCUGCUUGAAUGCUGAUAUGAUGAUUUUUAUACGUGCAUCAAAUCCAAAUGAUUGUACGCAGCUGUAAGGUGGUGCUAAUGCAAUAUCCUUGAAGUAUUUAAUGUCAUAAUGUCAUAACAACAUAAUAAUACAACCAAUAUAUUUAUACAAGUCAAAUUAAUGCAUACAACCCACAGCUGUCUGUGUUCACAUAUUCAGAUGUGUUGUGGUGGUCUUUGAAAAGAUUUCAUUCAGUUUCCAAAGCUGAAGAGCGCACUUUAGAAAGAUUGCUGCAGAGAAAAAAGCUGAGAAAGUUCAGUGAUGUUUUUUUUGUCCAAAGUUUUCUAUUAUUUGUAAAGCACAUUGACUUUAGGUGUGUACAGUUGGUUGUUAAAUUGCUACCUCUUGAUGUUUGUCUGCACAAGUAUCACCUUGAUACAUGACCAAUGUGUUUUUGCAAGAGGCAGAAAGGACUUUAGUGUGAGAAAAACUUAGACUGAGUGGCCAUACAAUUUUGGAUUAACCAUGGCCUGUGAUACUUGAAGGCUCAAAAGGCAUACUUAGUAUUUGCACCAGCCACAACAUCAUGAUUGCAGAGGUUUGCUGGUGUGUUUGCUGGGCCUGCAUUAAGUACAAAAGCCCAGGAUGGAGACGUAGACAAGCUCAGCAGAGCUUUCACUGAUCACAGGAUUGUUGGUUUGAGCCUUGGCUCGAACUGCCCACAGGUUGUUGAAGUGUACUUGGGUAAGAAACUUAACCCAUAAUUGUUCCCUACUGUCAGGCCAGCAGCUCGCAUUGUUUGAGUGUUCCUGAGCAAAUGAGAGACUGGCUUUACAAAGCUUUAUAAAACUAUGCCACUGUAUGUCAUGAGAGACUAGAAACAUGGAAAACAGCAGCUGCAAAAUAGAGUAUAGUACAACAAAUGUGGACAUCGGCUUUCUUCUUAGAGCACUGUCAACUAGGGGUGGGAAAAACUUGAUACAGCAUAGUAUUGCGAUUUUUUUUCCUGGUGAUAUCAAAUCAUCUAAUUUACCAGGUAUUGAUUUUUCAAAUUAAUUGCUAAUAUGAAGUCAAAUCUAUGAUAAUAGCAAAAUAAAAUCAACUGUUUGCCCAGCGAGGUUGGCAGGGGUGACAUCAUAGAGCAGGAGAAAGUUUGUACGACAAAUAUAUAUAUUAGGUUUGCAAAAUGUGCUACAUGAAAAUAAAAUACAGCAUAAAUAAGACUAACAUAAAUUAAAGCCAAAUGCUAAAUUAGCUAAAUAUUUGAAAAGAUUGUAUAAAUCGUAUUGGAAAAUGUUAAAAAUCGCAAUAGUAUUGUAUCGUGGCCCAAGUAUCAUGAUAAUAUCGUAUUGUGGGGCCACGAGUGAUUCCCACCCCUACUGUCCACUCAGAUAUCAAGUCUAGGAGAGUCUUGGACCUAUGUCAUGCUGCGUUGUCCCUACAUAGACAUUAAUUUGAGUCAAUCAUAAAACUGGAUGGAAAGAAGGUUAAGAUUAUGAUGCGAGGCAUUGAGAGUGAAUGACUUAUUUAACUGCUAUUGAUAAUGAAGCUAUAUAAUGUGUGAAUGACAUGUUGACAUUUUUCUUCCAGCAACCACCUGGAGAAGAGCCUUCAGCUCCUGAUGGACAGGGUGGAUGAUAUGAGCCAAGAAAUUGUCAAAUAUAACACCUACAGCCGCAACCUUAGCAAGCAGCAGCAGCAGAAGCACCAGGUAAGUCUCAUGUGCACACACACACACACACACACACACACACACACACACACACACACAUACUCAGAAUACACGCAAGCUUUCAUGAACUGAAGCCUGCACACCCCCUGCAAUGAGCAAGCACCCACAGCAAAAACAUCAGCUUGCCACAAUGCAUAUGAGGCAGAAAGAGCACAAACACACACAUACACAAACACACCCACACACAAAAGCACCUACAGCUACAAACUCAGCAGGAAAACAGCAGGUAUAUUUCCCUCAGCCAUGGGUACAACCAAUUGCAGCUAUAAUCUCAGCAGGCAAGCAACAGAAGCACCAGGUAGCAAAAAAACAAACAAACACAACAACACAUACACGCGCUCAGAAAAUAUUAUACUGCAGGUUCACAUGUGCAUACGCUUACACUCACAGCUGAUAACCAGAAGUAACCACAGUUAACCUCAAAGGUUGUUAAACAUGAAACAUUCAUGCCUAAAGUCAGGAUUUAGCUGAUAUUAAGAACUACAGCUGCUGCAAUAUGCCUGUCAUUUACUUCCUGUUGCACAGCUUGUGUCCAGAGUGAAGAAUAUCAUAAACGGAGCUUGUGGUCUACCGACUGCUGUAUCACAACGGUGACACCUGAGCAGAUAGGAUUGAUUGGCAUUUCAGUCCUGUGUCUGCACAGGAAGUAAUCCUCCCUCCCUAAAGUGGAGCAGAGUAGUAAACAACUCUGGCUCGUGUUCCUGCGGGCGGUGAAAUGAGCGUGAUUGGCUUUCACCUGCUUGUUGUUCACAUUGCAUCAGAGGACAUUUGCAGUAAUGCUUUUCACAAUUUUUCACCCGCUCUGCUGCUGAACACCUUUUUAAAUCACUUUAGCUCGGGAGGUUAAGCCAGGCUGGAAAGCUAGGUCCCACUUAAUACAAUAGCAGGCAAUCACUGUUCCAGCAUCAGAGGCUGUAAUUGUGUGAUGUGUGCAGUUAAAAAACAACAGCUAAAGGACAGGAGUGAUCUGGGUUUUUUUCUGAGGACAGAUAUGAUGCAGGAUUUACAUACAUACCAUUAAAAACAUUGGAUGACUAAAACUGAAUAACAAAUAAAACUGCCCAGUUUGGACAUGCUUGGACCCAGUGAGCUGGUUCUUAAAGGCAUUCAGGCUGAUCAGGUCUGAUGGUAUCAGUAGAAAGGCAUGCCAAUGUAUUUGAGCCCUGUGUAAUAACAGGUUUGUCUCUUAAACACUUGCUUUGAUAUGAGUAGAUAUAAAGUAGUUUAGUUCAAAUGAUUUUGCUUUUCAUUUGUUUUGAGGCACAGUGGUGCAUGUAGAGGCGGGAGGGAAACCCUAAGUAUUUUGUUUUUGAGUGAUAUUGCGUUAGAGAAACAACAGGGAUCAUGAGAAAAAUAUUCAAAUGCCAUGUGAUUCAUUGGACAGAGAGUUAUAACAGCCGUCACUUUCUUUGGUUAAGCGACUGUUUUCUCUGGACACCUGUUUUAGGCUACAAGCUUCAUAGGCUUUAAAUAUAAACUUAUAGAAGUUGUAACAUUUCAGUGUUUUAUUGAAAAUAAUGACUGCAGGGUCCUUCACUGACUCAAGGUGUGGCAGCACCAAUUACAACCAGACCAAAAGAAAAGUGCACGGCUAAGUACAUUUCUGUUGAUUUCUUUGAUAUAACCUGUGUGAACACAUCAGUUACACUUUCAGGUAUAAAUAUAGGCAGUAACAUGCUGACUGGCCCUGAGUCUGUUGUUAAUUAAUUAUAACAUAAUGAAAGAAUAGAAAUAAUAUAUGGUGCUGUGAGUAGCUUGUUGUGAGCUCUUGCAAGUUCAUCUAGACUACCAUCCAGGGUUCACCGACUACACUGUCACUGGUAAGGGUAAUCUGGACCGACACUUUUCUUGUUGUUUUUAAGAAAAAAAAAGGAGACUGGUCGAUGAGUGGGUGUAUGCCAGUCACCCAAGUUUUUUCAUUGUUUGACUACAACCCUGGACCAACAGUAACUUUGGUAGUUGUGAGUUUAGGACAGACGUACUGACCUCCUCCCAGCCACUCACUUGAUGUCUUAAAUUGGAGUCUUUCCAAUCAAACUGUCUCUCCAUUAGGUUUAUUACUUUGAUAGUGUACCACUGAUUUCUUUGAAUGCAUAAUUAUUAGAUCAUGACAAGUGUUCAAAAGUGGUGUUCCCAGACUGGUCUCAUUAUUUACCCUGCAUGUGCAUGCUUUGAGCAGCGCCAUCUUCUGGGUAAAAUACUAAGACAUAAUAGGGCAUCUUUUUGGUGUAUUGUUUUCAACAGUGUGUGACGUUGCCAACGGGCAAAACAUUAUUCCAAGUGUACUGUAUAUACUGACUUUAGCGUACUUUCCAAAGCAGUGAAAGUUUUUGCAAUAUAUAUAUAUUUUUUUUGUUGUUUGAGCCUUUAAACUAACUGAUCAGCUACACAAACCUUUCUUCCUGAGUCACUUCUCUUCAUCUGACCAGCGGUCACAGUAAUAAACUCUGAUUGCCUGUCCAUGAAUCACUCAUUUUCAUUCACACAAGGGCACUUCUGUGAUUCAGAUGUUAAUUUAUACUUUGAUAAAGAAGAGGGGGUUCAAAAGGUUGAACACCGUGAGUCAUGUCUAGGCAUGUUUUAAAUAUCAUUGCCACUCAGAGACCUUUGACUCAUACAGCCUCAAUAUGACAUUCAUAAAUUAAGUUUUGAUUUCAAAAAGCAGAGUUUGAAAUCGUGUUUUGAUUUUGUUACUGCAUCAAUAAGACACAUCACAAAUUUAAAAUUCAGCACAAAGCAGCAGGCGCACACAGGCGCACACAUCCCCCAUGUACUUAAGACGAGACACGAACACCACCUACAAGCACAAACUCACCCAGAAGCACCAAAAGGACCAGAACAAAACGUACAGACACGGAGAUGAAGAGUCAGCCAUGUACCAUCUGCAUCUACAACCUCAGCCAGAUGCAUCACAAACAUCCGGCAACACAUGCAAACACGGAGGCUUCGCACUCUCAUACACACACUCAUUACUCAGGAAAGUGGAAGCAGAGAGGCCCAAGGUGACUCACUGUUGUUUGCCGAGUGAGCACAUACCAACUUACACCUACGUUCAAACAACUACAUUAUUCUGUCAUUAUCCCCUGCAAGUGGAAACCAGGAAUGUUUGAAAUAUUAAUGCUAAUCUGACUGAGUCAUCAUCUCCUCGGCCGGCAGAGGAUAAAACCGCAGCCAAGUUCGCACACAUUUGGCAGACUCAUAACAAACAGGAAUUUGUGACCACAGGUUGCCGGCCGCACACACACAGCACAUUUACAACCCAGACUGCUGAGAAACACACACCUACACAGCCACACAACCCCACAGCCAGUCUCCCACUCUCUAGCCAUUAUGAUCUAUCGUCCUCCCCUGCCAGCCCUCUCUUCAUCACAGCCUCAGAGCGCAAUUCUUCACGCAAACAUACACAUACGUCUGCGUCAUACACUGUUUCACCUCGGCAGAAACCUUUUUCAUGUUUCAUACAGUUCAACACAAUGAACCAACAGGUGCACAAAGACCAAGAAAGUGAGCCUCUAAUGCACCUUUCAGACAUUGGCUGUACUCGCUCCAUAUAAUCUUCUGCUAUUGACCCUGAAAUUGAACCGUAUUUAUCACCAUAGAAAGUUGCAAAGAGAAGCUGUGCGGUGAGAGCUCCAUUUAUCACAUAUAGUUCUUCAAGUCUGGUAAAUAGUAGAAACCAAACUUGAAUCUGUGACCAGGUUAGUCUUUGAAUCGUGUAUUUCUCAUAUAUUUUUGGUCUUUUUCCAUCCACAGAAGAAGGUAACACUUUGCGGUUGAUUAGUUAUGGAGCAAUGUGUUUAUCUUGUGAACCAUUAAAUCAUGAUUUAUAGCUAACAAUGUAAUUCAGUCACCAUUAAUGAUUCUGAAAUGAUUUUCCAGUCAUUACUCCUUAGCUUUAUAUUAAUAUCUUUCAUGUGCUAACAGAAAACAAACAAACACAAGGCAAGUUGCAUAAAUUCUUCAGGGUGAUUUGUUGUAGUAAGAAGCUAAAUAGAUCGACAUCUGCUAAACAAGUCUGUGCCAAAUCGGUAAAAAGGUCAUCUGUUCCAGCUUCAUUGUUGUGGAAAAUCUCAUGUUGACAAAUGUGUGAAAAAGAAUAUAAUAGAGACAAACGACGCAUGAUAAAGUGAUAACGUGAUUCUGACCUGCAUAACUAAACUUUAAAAAGGUGACAAAAUCCAGAGUGUUUGAGUAACAAGAAUACAAGAUCAACAAACCAAAACAAGCACUUACAAACUUUGAAAUAAACACCAUUUAUUACAAAGUUGUCUCUUCAAAACAAACAAAAAAAUCAUCAACAUUAAACUGAAGCCAGAGAUUUGAAUCAAAAUCAUAGAAAGUACUAUUUAUCCUAUUGGUAAACUCAAACUCCAAUAUUCAGUCACCGGACCUAAAUGAAAAGAACAGAAAGUCAUUUCUGUUGAUGAUGUCAAGGAUGUGAAAAAACGAAACCAGCAGGACCAGUCAGAAUAAUUCUGGAGGUCCUAAAACUGUGAUAAACUAUGAUUUUCAUCCUCUUUGUGGCUGAGUCUGUUAGAAACCUGUGCUGCAAAAGCAUCACCCUGUUGCUCAAUUGCUACUCCUGCUACUCUGCAGACUGGGCUCAGUACAGUUAACAUGCCCACCCAACCUGUCAGCAUCAUAGCACACAUCCUCCGCAGCACCGUAUCUCAACCAAAUAAGAAAAGGAGCAAUGUGAGAUUGCAGAAAUUUACAGUUGAGUUCAAAACAAUAGUUCUGCUUGACUUUUUACAAACUUCAGGAACACAACAGAUGGAAAAGGAUCAUCUCACUAUACAUUCAGUACUUGGCUUUCCAAAUGGCAAACCCUAGGAUGUGCAAUCCUAAUCCUUGUGCGCCCUAUGUGCACCCUAUUUCCAGCACUGUACAUGUGUGCUGGUCCAGACAGAAAUAAGAAGUCCCACCUGAGGAAAUCAGAAGAACUGACCCUCUUCUGUCAGCAAAAUAUCCUCCUCAAAUAUUCCAGCAAGUCUAAAACUUAGAGUAUGGACUUUUGGAAGAAGCAGGGAAGGAACUUUCCGCUUUAAUGAGGCACUGAGUGUGGAGGUCGAAGUUCUUUGAGUCCCAUGGUGUCCAUGUCCCACACAGACACAGAGGUUAGAAAGGAAAAGCACAGAGCGUGUUACCUGGUUCAAAACAUCACCAAACAUGAGCCGACAAAGAAUGAUGUUUUUGGCCGAACACACAACAGUCAGUGCUCUGUACCCUGUCCAUAGGGUGUUGAUAGCUCGUAAUGCAAGAUUAACACAGUCUUCAGUAAUCCCAGCUACUGCAAUCUGUAUAGGAAGAAGAUGGCAGAUAAGUGUCAGGGGAGCAUAAAGCCAUUCAGGUAAAGCUUCAACUAUCAGGUGAUGAAAAUGCUUGAGAGGAGAAUACUUUUCAUAGUCUUCAAAAAUAAAAAAACACACACUUCACAGAACAGGAUAUAAAAUAAAGCCCUGGUAAACAAACAAAACCCACAAGUUCUUUCAAAAUCCAAAAAUGGCUGACUACAUAGAGCGCCACAUGGGUCAACCUAUAUCUUUGUCACCUUCAAACACCACAUGUCUGUGGGAGACAACUGCUCCAUUUACUGAUAUUUUACUUUUACCCUUGAUACUUCAGCCAAAACCAGCACUAGCCAGAAACACACCUACCCCAGCCUGUAGUGUGGUGGUUCCAGCAGCAUGCUGGGAGGACGCUUCCCUGCAGAAGGCCCUGGAAGGCUUCUGAAAGUAGAGGGUGUAAAUGGAUAGAGAUCCUGCUGCAGUCUGUCGAGUUUUGAAACUCAGGACUGGAUUAUUUUCCAGCAUGAUGAUGCCCUCAGACAUAAAGGCAAAGCUCUGCAGGAGUCAAGACCUCAAUCCAAUUCAGACUCUGUGUUGGACUUAAAGUGUUGUUCCCUGUGCGGUACCUCAUGAAACCUCACAGAAGCGGAGCAAUUUCUAAGAGAAAGAGUGGGAAAACAGGAGCCUUGAUUAAAUGCUGAGAGGAAAAUGUUUGAUAUUUGUUCUUUUAUUAGAUCAGUUGACUUUUUUACUUUUGACAUUUACCUCCAUCGGGGUUUGAUAAGACAAUUUAAGCUCCAUUUGUCUAUAUUUAUAUAUGAAAAGUGGAGCAAAAACUCUUUGUUUCCUCUUCUCCUAAAUUCGCCCAGUCGCGAUGUGACACGCUGUAAGAAUUAGAAAGUGGAGGAGUAUCAGUUCAUUCGAACAAAUAGUUACAUUUUUCCUUUAUUAUUCAUCUUAGCAGAUUUUAUCCGCUUCAGUCACCCGUGCAGGUGCAUUGUGGGAUGUUUGGUUGAAGGCACCUGCUGCUCCCACCUCAUUUUUCCUCCUUGUCUGCUGCAGCCUCCCAUUCCAGCAGUCUGUGUGUCAGUGUCUCCUCCAUCUCACCAAAUUAACAAGGCUUUUAGGAUCUCCAGAGACCCAGCACCUUACUGAUUUACCGACUGUCAGUCCUCCACAAAUCACUCCAUCCCUGUCAGCACUUAUAACUCUUCUCACGAUGUGUCUCUCUUCUUUUAUCACUAAGUUUCUUUACAUCUCACUCCCUUCCUUUCACUGUUUCCAGGCCAUUCCCAUUGUCUUUGUUCCUCCUCCUCUUUUUUUACUAUCAGCUGUCAGUCAGUCCUUUCCAUGGUACUCUUACCUUCAUUUUUUUCUUUUCUGUUGUUCUACAGAUUCACACUUCCUGACUUUCUUUCUUCAUUCCUUCUUCAUCCUCACUUUUGCAACUCCCACACCACGUCUUCCUGACAUCAUUACCCGACUUGAACAUUGGGGCCAAUAUUCAGAUUAUAAUCAUUUUGCAAGCCUAAACAGAAUCAAAGUGCCCCAUAUAAAACUUCAGUCAGAAUCAAAAAGCUCUGAAAUGUUGAUACAGAAACCUUUUAUAAAUCUUCAGUAGGUAAAAGUACCCCAUGGAGGAUUUUCCCUCAACAUUUCUUAGUUUGGGUGCUUCUCUGACUUGAUUUACACACCGGGGUUUACGCUUGCUUUAGGCUGAGCUUCAGCUGAAGAUAAUCCCAAGUAGCAACCUCUGCUGUGGACAAUUGAAGCCAGUGUGGUGGCAGUUUUUCAAGUGUUUCCUUGAGGCGCGUUCAAAAAGGUUAAAGGAAUAUUCUGGUGUAAAAUUAGGUCAGGGUCAAACACACUGUAACACUGAGUUAGACACCCACACGAGAGAUGAAUGUUGCCGACUGCUUGCCUCUCUAGUUACACCAACUUCAGUAACGACCGUACGAUAGCAAUACACAGCAGUCUAUGGAUCCACACGCACACCUCAACCAAAAAAGCCACUCUAUAGCCACAAAUAAUGCUCAGAACAAAGCCUAUCUUCAUCAACAGUACAUAUAGGGUCCCAGCCACAGCACUGUAUGUACUGUUGAUGAAGUUAGGUGCUGUUCUGAGCAUUAUUUGUGGCUAUAGAGUGGCUUUUUGGUUGAGAAGCAAGCAGUCUGCAACAUUUUCUCUCAUUUGGGUGUCUAACUCAGUGUUACGGUGUGUUUGACCCUGACCGCCAGAAUAUCCCCUUAAGAGCCAAAAAAAAAAAAUCCAAAUUAAACCCAUGCGAAUAUCCCUGUUUACUGCAGAAUUAAACAUAUUCACAUUUUUAUUUUGAUGUGUCUAUCAGCUGAUGCUCCAGCUAUUUUUUAAAGACUUACUUAUUUCAUCAUUUUAAGGCUAAGAGAAUUGCUGAUUUUGGCUGAUUUGACCAACAGGGGUGUGUGUGUAAUUGCCUUUGUGGGCUCCCUCAAAAUAUACAGGAAAGCAAGCACAGUCUGCACAACACUAUUCUCACAGUCAUUGGCAACCAAUCAAUUUCAAUCAGUUUUAUUUAUAUAGCACCAAAUCACAACAGUCAAAAUAGUCCCCAUUAAGUAAGGCUUUUGUGGCUUUUGUUGACAUGUAGUUUGAUUUGUUGUGCCUUGAAAUACACAGUCAGCGCCAUGGCUUUGUGAGGAGUAGAAAAGCCAUAUACUUAAGAUAGCUCCUUUUUUUUCUGCAUAUCUGAAAGAUGAUUCAAACCUGAUCCUCAAUCUGUUAUCUGAAUCGGACCGUGGGAUUUGUGAUCUGUUGCACCCUUGGAAACGACUAUACGUACGAGCCUAAAAAUAUCUGUCUUCAAAGCUGGAUCAAACUCUUGCCAAACAGAUAUCGCUCAACGGGUUAGUGCUGCAAGGCCGUCCCUGAGAGAGACAGAAGCCUGAUGUAUUCAUGACUUUUUCACAUCAUAGCUGUAAUUGUAUGCUCUGAGGCAUGUAAACAUCAGAACAUAUUGGAUCAUGCAUCAUGUAAGCAUUUGACCUGGAAUGUUUAAUCAGAGUGAUUUCAAUCAGAAUGCUUGAACAAAUUUGCAGCUUUUGUUCUCCCUUUCAAUCCAAUCCUGCCUCCCCCAUCCAUAUUUCUCUUUAUGUGCUUCUUCUCAGGGAAAUUUUAUCUUUCUUUUUUCCUCCAGUGCCCUCACAUCUUUAUAAUGUGACCCCCUCUUUCUCUGUGUCCCUCCCUCCAGUAUCUCCAGAGGCGUCAGCAGGAGAAUGCCCAGAGGCAGAGCAGAGGAGAGCCCCCGCUGCCUGAGGAGGAUAUCACUAAAAUGUUUAAGCCCCCCCAGCCUCCACCACGCAUGGACACGCUGCUUAUUGCAGGUACGCACACCCGCACAAAUUCACAACCUGCAUGCACAUACAGCCUUUGUCGUCUCCACCAGAGACCCUCCCACCUCCCUCACUCCGAACUCCAUCAGCCGCCUCUGCUCCCCUCACAGGAGCUCAGGUUCUGUUUUGUAAUUAUCUCCGCCAUUAUCUUGAAAUUACAUUAAUUUAAAGUUUAUUGACUCAAUCUCCAACUCGACCGCCCCUUCCCCAGCCACCUCACGCUGUUCAGCUCUCCUCCGCCUCCCGACAACAGUUCUGAUCCUUCCGUUAAUUCUGCUCCCCCACUAAUUUGGUGUUUUGCUGUGCUGUCUCCUCCCUCUCUCUGUGCUUCCCCCGCUCUUUUGUGUACACAUAUGUGCACACAUGUACGUAUGUUGGUCUGUAUGUAUGGAUGGAUGCAUUUUUCUGUGGGUGUGUUUUGAUGCUGGUGUGUGUGGAUGCAUGUGGCUACGCUCCAACAGGGCAAAUUAACAACUACUGCCAGAACGUGAAAGAAUUCACAUCGCAGAACCUCGGGAAGCUGUUCAUGGCAGAGGCUCUCCAAGAACACAACUAGAGGAACCAAAUGAAGGAAACCAUCGGCAUGAGAGGGAAAAAGAAGAACAGAAAAGUGAAAGAGAUGCAAAACAUCAUUCGCAACGACAGGAGGAACCUUGCUGUCGUCUUUGUUUUCUAAAAAUUAUACAUUGUUUUAUGAUUAACUCCAUCUAUAACUAAACUAUCUCUGUAGAUCCCUAAAAAAUGAUUCAAAUAAAGUUCUUGCAUCUCCACUUCUGUUUGUUUUUGCUCUGCUUCGGAUGGUGAUUGAAGAAAGCAUUGGGAUUUAUUCAUUUCGCACACACCUCUGCUAAAAUGGGAAUGAUACAAAUAAUUAUACAGCACAAUGAUAUUUAUAGAUACUUUUAUUACUGCGCACUUUCAUCCUGACGUUCAAACAUCAAGCAGGUGGAAACAAUUAUGAGUGGAUUUGCUGAAGAGUCUGUUUGCACAGCGGGAACAGUGAUAUCCUCGUAAAUAAAACUGCAGCAGAAAUAACAGUGAAAGUUAAGCGUUAAAUAAAAGACUUCUUACGUGUCUCAGCUCCUGCUGUCUCACAACAGACUUUUCAUCCUGUACCCCCCUUUUUUUUUACUGCAAAUUACACAGCACACCAGAAUCCACCUUUCCCCCAUGCAGGUACAAAUUAACACGUGUUUAUUUUUGGGACUCAUAAAUAAUGCCCCAGUAGAGAAAUUUGGCUCAGAUAAAAGGUUGUUGAGUUUUUGAGAAAACAUUUGACGAAGAAACUGCAGGUGUGCCGAAUGAGAGUCGAGGAGGAAAGUCUCAAAUGUACAAGAAGGGAUUCCUUAAUAAGUGCUGUUGUAUUAUCCAAAAAACACACAUUUUUCAGCAACAUAAUUUCAAAGAAAUUAAAAACGAGGGAACCAAUUAACCAUUUUUUAAAUUUAAUUCAUAAAAAUACAUGAAUAAUAACCAAAGAGACACAGAUAGUUGGAAAAGACAGCCCUUUGAGUAAUAGUGAUGUGUUUCCCUCUCCUCAGUGUGUUAUUUUUACAUUUAUCAGUUCCUUUAUUGAGACUCCCAUUAUCUAUGUGUUGUUGAGAAGCUUAUCUGAGAAGGAGAGAAACAGCCUGAACAACAUUGUCGUUGAAGUCAUAUAUAGAGAUUCUUUUGUGUCCAACAAGUGAAAAGAAGGUCAAUAAGCAUAUUGAACAUACCUGGCCACUUAACAGGAAGCAGGAUGUCAUUAUGUUCCAUGACGAGUAAAUGAAGGUGUUUCUGUGCUCUGUGCCAUCUCCUUUAACAUCUCCCGAGUGAAGCCAGAGUACAGCUUCGGGUUUUUUCUAUGAAUCCAAAUGUUUUCUAUUCGCCUUAAACCAUUUCAAAUUACUGGACAGCUGGGGCCAAUCCAGAAUAGCAUUGUAGGAAUAGUAAGUGAAUUAGAAUUUAACAUAUGGGACAAACGUCCAAUAGAAACUCUCCGUACUAAACUGUAAGAGAGUUCUCAAUGUCCAAAUGAAAAUACCAAAUAAUGUUUGUCAAGCAGAGCUGGGAUGUUUCCCAACACUGUUAAAUAUUUUUUUAAAAAGGGGGCAGUGAGUCCCUUUGACUCACUGCUGUACAAAGUGCUAAAAUCCUUUGAGCUGAGCCCUGAAAACUUUUCAGUCAGCUGAUGAUCAAAUGAUCAGAUGAACAAAUCAAGAGAGUUACAGGAAGGUCGUGUUCACACCCGAAGGUCAGUUUCCUGAUUCGAAUCCAAGGCAAGACGAUACAUUUGUUUUGAUUGUUUAACUGGUCCUGUUUGUGUUCACAAAGGACAAACUCAAUCACUCCAGAAAACGGAACCAGAAGUCACGUGACCACGAAUAUCGUUCGGUUAUUGGUCAUUCGUUUAUGCGGGAAUACAAACCCCGCUCUGCUGUCUUCGCCUGUCAUGGAGCAUCGUAGGCUGAUUUUGCUUUUGCUACUCAUCUGGAGCGCAUAUCAAAAGACCCUAGUCGAUCGCUCGUAUGAACAGCUCGUUAGCCAGCAAGCGCGAACUGCAGCAUUUAAGACGGAUAAAGACGAGACGGCGAAAGGCAUUAAUGAGAGCCUACCACGAUGCGUUUCCUCUCUGGUGUCAAUGGAGGACAAGUGAGUUGAGUGGACAACAUUUAUUUCACAACCAGCGUUACAAAUAGCCUAGAUGUAUUGACGUGUGUGGUGCAUUUCCUGUGAUUGGUGCAGAUGACAUUCACACCAGAAAUGAACCGCUCCAGAGUUCACUUGAUAGCGGUCCGAGACCACCUCUUCAGGCCGACCAGAGUUCGAGGUCAGCGUUAACACCGACCCAAACGAACCGCACUAAGUGGGUAGACGCUCCAGGGUUCAGUUCAACUGGACUAAACGAGGGUGGUGUGAACGCGCCCUUAGAUCACUGGACAAAAGAAAACAAAAUCCCAAACUUGACUAAACUGUUAUUUUACCAUUAAAAAAAAGAGUUGAAGAUGUCUAAAUGAGAAGACUGAUCCUGACCACAUGUAAGCUCAGUGACCUCCAACUGACUAUAGAAAGAGGACUCCUCAAACAAGCAUGGCUGCCUUUCUAACCCUACCUGCUGCCAGUCCUCCUGGGUGAAGGACCAACAGCUCCUUUGGUGUUUCAGUGUGUUUCUGCUGCCAUAACCUGAGGGCCUCACACACAGUUGGAGCCCAAAUACAGAGAAGCUGUCCAUUAUUCAACUGUAUGUAGAUUUACUAUGCCAUCCAUUACUUGAAUGCUAUUUAAUUAUUUUAUUUAUUUAGAGUAUUUUAUUAAAUAAAUAUAUAAUAUCAAUCAAAUAUAUCUGUCACUAACUAAUAAUUGUGUAUUAAUCAGUGUUAUAAAGGCUUUGGCAGUAUUGUUCUGGUUCAUUUGAAUCAGUAACAGAGGCGUCGCUGAGGUGUACUGCUGUCUCUGUGAACAGUCACAGCUGGCAGUGCAGAGCUGGGCUGGUGUGUAUGUGAGGCUCCCACUGUUAGUUGACAUGAUAAAAAAAAUAACCCACUGUGGCACCAGAACUGCUCUGCUGUUGGGUUUGGUUGUGUAAGUAUAAAGGCAGGGCAACAGCAGAGCUUCGUUUUAGAGCUUCAGCUUAAUCUCGCAGUAAAAAGGGCUACAGAGACUUACAGCUGUAUACAAAUUCACACCUACAGGCAAUUUAGAGAUACCAAUUCGCCCAAGGAGCAUGUUUUUGGAUUGUUAUUGGAGCUGGAGUACUUGUAGAGAACCCACUCAUGCACCAGGAGAGCAUGCAAACUCCGCAUAAAGGAAAAUGACUCAGGAACCUUCGUGCUGUGAGGUGACAGCACUAAACACCACGCCGCCUUUGAUUGAUUUUCAUCUCACAAUUUUUUAUUGGCAUCAGUGCUGCAGUCUAGAGAGUGCUGGGUGAUUAUGUGGAGUUAGACACUCGUCUAGGAAGGUAGAACACAACAUAAAAGUCUGUAAGAGUAUAACAGGGUGAUUCUUCACUGCUCCCCAAACCCCCAAAGUUUCUAAUUGCUGACAACUAUGUAUUAUUUUGAACAAAGUGCAACAAGAAGAAAAACCGAAGAAAAUAAUAUCUCAGGGUGAACAAAGGCCAAAUUAACAUAAAAAGAAGUAUUUCCUUUGAAAUGCCCUGAAUAAAAUUAAUUUCACCAGAAAACAUUUGUUAAUCCUGACUCCCCAACUGAAAGCAAAAACAGGAUAAAAGGUGACAGAAAAGAAAACAAUACUCUCAAACCAAAGAAUUACCAGCUAACUAAAAUUCAAAUGGGAAGAAAAACUCAUCACAAAGACGUUCCACAACAAAAGCCCUUUUCCAAGCUAAUGACAUUUUAUAAAAGGUUUUGAAGGCCAAGGACAAAAACAAGUUGCUGUUAUCAGUGAAUCACCGCAUGGGAAAACCAGCUUUUUUUUUAUUACGUCGGAGUGGUGCAGACAGACCGAUACAGCAUAGACCCCUACAGAGCACACAAUCACUCACAAUCACACAACAGGAUGAUUGUCAACAAUCCACAAACAGCCAGAGCACACACAAUAAUUCAAAUAAACACAAUUUACAAAAAAAGUCAAAUAACCCAAAAGGCCAUAACAUACAGAUAAGGUUUGUGUCCCUAUGAGGUUGUACUUUCCUAUAAUCCUGCUUUUAUUCAUUAUCAGCAUUACGACAAUAUACAGCUUGAUGUUAAAGCUAACACUUAAGAGUAUAACUCACAAGUGUCAAAUUAAAAUAUGUUCAACAUCAGAGUUUUAGUUUUCUCAUGCCCAAAAAAAAAUCAACAUUAAUACUCAACACAAAUUGCAGCUGGUAAAGGGUUAACAAGUUUUGAGAGCAUUUUAUCACAAACGACGUGUUUGAUAUUAAGACAUCAUGUUAAAACCAUGAACAGAGCAGGUAUUGGAAGCAAAGAAAAGACCCGAGAGGGAAGAAACUGACAUUUUGGUACAUUUGAUUCAGGCAAUGAAAUGAUUUUUGCUUAACUAAAUAAAAAUAUUGAUUAUCUGGUUUGUGGAUCACAAAUAAAACAAGUUGUCCAAUGAUACCCUGACUAACAACGCUUCAUUUGUCUGAAUAGAACAAUCAAAAAUACAGUUGUGCAAACAUGAUUAAAGUGGUGAAGGGAAAUCGCAAACAAAAUCUGGUAGCGUCUCUCCUCAAUUUAUCUUUUUUGUCCCCAUGUGCACGUCUUUAGCUGACUCUAGGCACACAAGUGGCAUUUUAACACCGCAGGCCGCCUUUAAAUGCAGCAUUUUUGGAUGCAAGUAUUUCCAAGAGACAGUUUUAGAUGAGUCAUGAGUCCUCAUUGUUGAAGUCUGAGUCCACGGCCCCACAGGUAUCUGAGUCAAGUCUCUAUAAUAUAUAGGAGAUAGUCCCCCUCUUCUUCUCAGUGUUUGCUAUGUUAAUCAUGUUGCGCUGCUUUUGUUUGCAUUCACUUGAAAAACUAUGAGAGCAAAAUUCAUGAUUCAUGGCACUGCCUGGCAGGAACUGUUGCUGCUUUAGAAGACAGCAUUGAAAAGAGCAUGCCGAUGAACAUGUGCCAGCCCCUGUUCAAAAAGGAAUAAAUUAUGAGAGCCACAUACCAAAAAGGCCGACACAAACACAGUGAGACAGUCUUUCUCGAUAAAUAGUCCUCCUCUGCAUCUCCAAAUACCGUCAGUGCUCGAGAUCGUGAAAUCAGGCCGGUGCUGGACUCAAAUCCAAACUCUAAUACUACAGCAAUGUCACGUAUCCCACCCCCCCAGAGUUUUUGCCUCUGACCUUGUUCCUCCUUCACAUCUCUCAGUUUAUACGUGUGUAGGCUUUUAUUCGUAGACAUUAGAAAUAGUUUGGAAACUCAUAGCCUUGGAAUGGUUUUGCUUUGUCAUCAAGCAUUUUGUUGACUUUGGAGGUGGACUUUGUUGUACAGUCAUCCUUGAGGGAAUAAAUAAAGAUGACUAGUAUUGCAGUGCAGCAUUGUAAAACAUCCACAGCUGAAAUGAAAUUGAUAUAAGGUAUUGCUAAUAAAAUUGACCCUUAUCGUCACUUUUCAUUAAGACCGUUUUAAACAAAAGGAAAGUCAUCCUCAAACUUUCCUGCUGCUUAACCGAGAAAUAACUCAAAGGCUGACGCAGUGCUGAGAGUCCGUCAGCAAACACGAGUCUGUGUGUCCUUGAACAAGUCUGAAACUCUCUAAACUAACUCGCUCUGAAUCCUGCAUGAGAGCAUCAGCUAAAUACCUCACAUGUUUCUGUAAGCCGUUUCGGUGCUGAUCCUCUGCAGAGCGUCACAUAUCUUAGUAUUACUCCUGCAGGCACAAAAAGCCCAGCUCAUUUGUACAGCUUGUCACCAGCGUCCACUCCAGCCAAGCAACACCGGGCUGAAAUGAUGGCUCUUCGUGCUCCAUUUAAUAAAGAAGCUGCCAGCGUGUGGUUCAUUGUAUAAUAAUUACACUGCAGCUCUAUCUCGCUGUGCGCACGUGUGUGUGUCCGUUGUUCUUACUCGACCUGUGGUUAAACAGCAUCAUCUAAUUCAGCAGAUGAUGUUAUUUAACUUGUCAUCAGCAUCGCCUAGUCGGGUAAUAACUUGUAGUGCUCCCGCUUGUCAUCAGCACAAUGUCAUUAACAAUAAUUACAAGUCGAGCAACAUGAUGAACGCUUAUUGGAACAGUGACACUCAAGCCGGAAAUGAUUUCCUCCCCAAAUCAUAACAUGUUUCCCCAACAGGCUGGCAGGAUGGCAUAUACUAAUUCACCACAAAGGGCUCGGUUUAUAUCUAUUAAUUGGGGUAUCUGCUGUGUUGACAGGCAUACCUGUGCUAAUGAUUGAUGUGUUGUAUGAUGUAAGGCUUUUCAGGUAUUGACUGAGCUUUGAUGAGUGGCUCCUGCUUAAGCUGAACCUUUGUUGUUUGAAAUUCUGAAGUAGCUCUGUGGGGGGUGGGGGGGUCAUUGCCCUUGAGGGCUGUCUGGGGCCACAGCCUCCCCCAUGUCCCUAAUCCUAAAAUGUGUGAGGAAUUACAAACUCAACAGAACUGAGGAGCAAUGUGUGAAGCGGCCGAGGCCUCGCUUGCUCCUUUCCCCACCCUUUCCUUAGUCUGUCCGUUGUGUCCUUGGGCAAGACAUUUAACACACCUUGCUCCCAGUGUGUGUGUCCUCCACUGGUGUGUGAUUGUGAAUGAUGUUUGGUGGUGGUCAGAGUGGCUGUAGGUGCAAAUUAGCAGUCACGCUUUCGUCAAUCCGCCCGAGGGCAGCUGUGACUACUAAGGUAGUUUACCACCACCAGGGUGUGACUGUGUGAGCAAAUGAAUGAUGAUAAAGUGCAAUAAAAUCUGAUGCAUUAUUAUUAUCAUUAUUAACUCUAACUCAGUGACAGAGGGGGCUCAGCUUGUAUAUAAAGUAACAGUUUUUUGUUUGGCAUGGAAAUCAGUUUGGACUGAUUCAUGUCGUCACUGCAGGGUUCAAGGGCAAAAGACUGCAAGUGCACAAGAGUCAAACUGGUGUCUUUGGUGCACAAUACUCUGCAGUCAAUAUAAUCAUGACAUAAGCUAUUGACUGUCAUCCGUAACAAAGACAAAGGCGAUGACCUUUACACUUUUUUAUGGAUGUAAUCAAUAAACUAGAGGGUCUGGAAGUACUUUCAAGGCUCACUCCAUGGAAACAUGCAUACCUCAUUCACAUGUACCUUUUAGGUGUUAUUUCCUCAUUAUUCCUGAAUUAGUUAUUGUGUCUUAUCCUUGAAAUGUCAGAAUCCAUAAUCAUGCAAAUGUUCAUUUCUGUGCACAAAAAAAAGAGGGAACAAGGCCUCAAGCUACAUUAUUACAUUUGUGCAAAAUUCAUGCUGAAUCAAUACUGGUUUCCAAAAUGGUUACAAUCUCACUAAAAAAUAAUUUUAUUUAAUAAUGGUUUUAAGCUGCCAAGGCACAUAAAUGGUUUACUCCAAGAAAAAAAAUACACCAACUUUUUGGAACAGCACUGCCCUUAUCAAUGUCAUGUCUUAAUCACCAACCAAUCAGAGUAAAGAAGGAGCUGGGCUCUUGAUAUUAUACAUGCUUAGGGGUCUGCAGAGAGAAGAAACAGAUCAUGAUGUUUUUUUUCUCGGAGGGUACAUUUUCAAGGUUGAGAGCUGCUAAUUGUGAAGCAACCAUUACAUUUUAAAAAAGACUUAGUGUUCAGGACUUGGUAAAGCUGAAGUACUAGGGGACAGCACUUCAGCUAACACAUAUAAAAUGAAGUAUGCGAAACAACAAUACGCAGUGGAGGGAGCUCUUAAGUGGUACACUCCAGAUUCACUAAUGGUCCUCAUGGUAUAUAUACAUGCUAAAAAAGGUUUGAAGUGUCACUGUCUUUCUUUGAUGUUCAAUGCAAUUACGCAGGAAUAAUUAAUAAUAGUCUUAAGCAAAUACAGCGAUCUGUCAGUGGCUUUACCCUGUAAUAAUUCAACAAAGAAGUUCUGCUUAAACACACUUCCGCCCCUCCAUAUGAAGAGACACUCCAACUGAUGUGCCUACUCAAGGUUCUGGUGAAGAUUUAGAAGUGCAGAGCGUCUGCUUCAUUGUGUUGCUUCUUUUGAAAUGUUAAACUGUUUGGAAGAAAAGAAACCCACAGCAGCACUAGCAGCUGCAUUUGCGAUUUUCUCCCACACUUUCCAGCUCAAUUGACCGUGAGACUACAGUGAGUCGGGAAAAUGAGAGCGACAUCCUCAAACACAAGACAAAUUUUCAGCACCCACA